CUACCCCUUCUUCACACUAAAGGUAUUAAAUUCUAAUUAAACACCUGGGGGGAGGGGGAUCAGCUGUUACAAUGUAUCAGUGAACCCCCAGCUUUGUGUCAGUGUGUAGGGCAGGUAGUGAGCUGGGAGCUGUGUUAUGUCUGCCCCUUCCCAUCCCCAGCACCAAACAUCACAGGGUUCAAUAAUUAAUGCAGAAAUAGACUCUUUGGGGAUGGUGGUGACGCAGGUUCCUGGAAGGAGAUAGGGGUAACUCUUGCCUGUUUAAAAUGCAGGCGAAAAGCCCAGCCUCCCACGCCUGGCAGCUUCUCUUUAAAUAGAGGCAGGAGCCCCAGCAGCUGCUAUUGAGAUCGCUGGAUCUAGCUGUAGAGAGAGCUGGGAGAGGACUGGAAACAAGCAGAGACAGCUCGCCUGGAGAGACAGCCCCAAUACCGGUCACUAAAGGCAGGGGAGGGGGACCAAGUGUGAAGGAGCAUGCUACCUACCGCCCUGCUGGUCAGCCUCUUGCUGGGCAUCCUGGAAGGUAGGUGAUGGUGGAGAGGAUUUGGAAGGGGGUUUCACAAACCUGGGAGAGAAGCUGCUGCCCAGCCAAUACUGCUGUGAACAUAGAGACAGGAGGAGACUUUCAGCACCCUGGACAGCAGCUACCGAGCAAAUCAAUGCUGUGUAAAAAGCAAGAGCUGGGGUUACAGGACCCUGGGGAGCAGCAACUAACCUGCUCAAUACAUUGUAACAUACAGCAUUACAGAGGGUUACAGGACCCUGGGGAGCAGCAACUAACCUGCUCAAUACAUUGUAACAUACAGCAUUGCAGGGGGUUACAGGACCCUGGGGAGCAGCAACUAACCUGCUCAAUACAUUGUAACAUACAGCAUUAGAGGGGGUUACAGGACCCCGGGGAGCAGCUACUGACCUGCUCAAUAAAUUGUAACAUACAGCAUUACAGGGGGUUACAGGUCCCUGGGGAGCAGCAACUGACCUCUUCAAUAUAUUGUAACAUACAGCAUUACAGGGGGUUACAGGUCCCUGGGGAGCAGCAACUGACCUGCUCAAUACAUUGUAAUAUACAGCAUUAAAGGGGGUUACAGGACCCUGGGGAGCAGCAGCUAACCUGCUCAAUACAUUGUAACAUACAGCAUUACAGGGGGUUACAGGACCCUGGGGAGCAGCAACUGACCUGCUCAAUACAUUGUAACAUACAGCAUUACAGGGGAUUACAGGACCCUGGGGAGCAGCUACCACCUCUUCAAUAUAUUGUAACAUACAGCAUAACAGUGGGUUACAGGACCCUGGAGAGCAGCAACUGACCUCUUCAAUACAUUGUAACAUAUAGUAUUAGAAGGGGUUACAGGACCCUGGGGAGCAGCUACUGACCUGCUCAAUACAUUGUAACAUACAGCAUUACAGGCGGUUAUAGGACCAUGGGGAGCAGCAACUGACCUCUUCAAUACAUUGUAACAUACAGCAUUACAGGGGGUUAUAGGACCCCGGGGAGCAGCUACUGACCUGCUCAAUACAUUGUAACAUACAGCAUUACAGGGGAUUACAGGACCCUGGGGAGCAGCAACUAACCUGCUCAAUACAUUGUAACAUACAGCUUUACAGGGGGUUAUAGGACCCUGGGGAGCAGCUACUGACCUGUUCAAUACAUUGUAACAUACAGCAUUACAGGGGGUUACAGGACCCUGGGGAGCAGCUACUGACCUCUUCAAUACAUUGUAACAUACAGCAUUACAAUGGGUUACUGGUCCCCGGGGAGCAGACACUGACCUAUUCAACACAGUGAUAAAUACAGCAUUACAGGGGGUUACAGUAUUACAGGGGGUUACAAGACAAGUAGCUACUGACCUGUUUAAUACAGUGAAAAAUACUACAUUAGAGGAGGUUACAGGAACUUGAGGAUCAGAUACUGACCUGUUCAAUACAUUUAUAGAAGCAAGCAUUACAGUGGGCUUCAUGACCCUAGGAAGCAGCUACUGGCCAAUGCAUUGUAGAAUUUAGCACUAGAAGGGGUUAACAGAGCACGGAGAGCAGCUACUGACCUAUUCAAUGCAUUGUAGAAUACAGCACUAGAGGGGGUUACCAGACCAUGGAGUGCAGCUACUGACCUAUUCAAUGCAUUGUAGAAUCCAGCACUAGAGGGGGUUAACAGACCAUGGAGACAAGCUACUGACCUAUUCAAUGCAUUGUAGAAUCCAGCACUAGAGGGGCUUAACAUACCAUGGAGAGAAGGUACUGACCUAUUCAAUGCAUUGUAGAAUCCAGCAUUACAGUGGGUUAACAGACCAUGGAGAGCAGCUACUGACCUAUUCAAUGCAUUGUAGAAUCCAGCACUAGAGGGGGUUAACAAACUAUGGAGAGCAGCUACUGACCUAUUCAAUGCAUUGUAGAAUCCAGCAAUAGAGGGGGUUAACAGACCAUGGAGAGCAGCUACUGACCUAUUCAAUGCAUUAUAGAAUCCAGCAAUAGAGGGGGUUAACAGACCAUGGAGAGCAGCUACUGACCUAUUCAAUGCAUUGUAGAAUCCAACACUAGAGAGGGUUAACAGACUAUGGAGAGCAGCUACUGACCUAUUCAAUGCAUUAUAGAAUCCAGCAAUAGAGGGGCUUAACAGACCACGGAGAGAAGCUACUGACCUAUUCAGUGCAUUGUAGAAUACAGCACUAGAGGGGGUUAACAGACCAUGGAGUGCAGCUACUGACCUAUUCAAUGCAUUGUAGAAUCCAGCACUAGAGGGGGUUAACAGACCAUGGAGAGCAGCUACUGACCUAUUCAAUGCAUUGUAGAAUCCAACACUAGAGGGGGUUAACAGACCAUGGAGAGAAGCUACUGACCUAUUCAAUGCAUUGUAGAAUACAGCAUUACAGUGGGUUAAUAGACCCUGGAGAGCAGCUACUGACCCAUUCAAUGCAUUGUAGAAUCCAGCAUUACAGUGGGUUAAUAGACCAUGGAGUGCAGCCACUGACCUAUUCAAUGCAUUGUAGAAUCCAGCAUUACAGUGGGUUAACAGACCCUGGAGAGCAGCUACUGACCCAUUCAAUGCAUUGUAGAAUCCAGCAUUACAGUGGGUUAAUAGACCAUGGAGUGCAGCCACUGACCUAUUCAAUGCAUUGUAGAAUCCAGCAUUACAGUGGGUUAACAGACCCUGGAGAGCAGCUACUGACCCAUUCAAUGCAUUGUAGAAUCCAGCAUUACAGUGGGUUAAUAGACCAUGGAGUGCAGCCACUGACCUAUUCAAUGCAUUGUAGAAUCCAGCAUUACAGUGGGUUAACAGACCCUGGAGAGCAGCUACUGGCCCAUUCAAUGCAUUGUAGAAGUCAGCCCCUGGGUUUUUCAGGACCAGGGAGAGCAGCUAAGGAUUAGGACAAACCUGUAAAAUCAACACAUACAAGUUUCUGGACACCAAACCCAAAGAAAAUCACAAGUAACAUGAUAAAGGCUAUAAAUCGGGUAGUGAAUUAAGUAGCAAUACAAAUAAUACAAACCCUUCAUUUAUCGGAUUGUUAGAGGGCAGAGUUCUGUGUUUUCUGAACUGAUUUCUGUACCUAGCUGUCUGUUACUCUGACGCCUUUCAUAUCAAAUUCUCAAUUUAUUGUAAUUUAAGUUUGAUAAUGGGAGAACAUACACCUUGUUAUAUGGACUUAGUUUUGCAAAGUUAUGUCAUUGCUUUUGAAAUAUUUACUAGGUAGCAGAUUAAAUCCUGUUGUUGAAAAUAACAUGUUCCAUAGAAAUAAAAACGCAGUAUAUGCAUAAAGAAAGUUAUAUUUGCAUAAGGCGUGGGUGCGCGUUAAUCCUUUGGAUACCUUAAUUAAUCUUCUUUGUUUAAUAAAAUAAAGUAUAGCUGUUCUAGCUGAUUGUGUUUUAAGACACGCGAUCCUCUUUAAUUUAUUGAUCAUUUUUCUAGUGAAAUCUAUCAUUAUAGUACCUACAAAAUAGAUUGAAAAAUACUUUGUUACCAAUUAGGGUGUGUUACUGUUUUUACUGAUAUGAGACACCUAGUGGUGAAUAAAAACACUACACCUCACAUAGAAUGAUACAUAUUACAUAUACAGUAUAUAUACAUAAACUGUAUAUAUAUAAUGCCUAAGAGGAAAACUCUUGAAAGCUUGUCUUUUAAGUAUUAUGUUAGUCCAAUACAUACUGCAAUACUCUGGUAUGUUGGCAUCUUGUCUACUGGACUAAUACAGCUAAUCGAAGCUACUAUAUAUAUAUAUAUAUAUAGAUAUAUAUAUAUAUAUAUAAAAUCUAGCAUAAUUUAAAAUUAUAUGAAAGUCUCAUUGAAGUAAAGCAUGCAUUUUGUGACACUACACUCAAGCAAUGUAAUAGGCAGUAUUCUGAAUGCCACCUAGUUUCAAAAUAACUCAUAUAUUUUUUCCCCACACACUGCCUGCUACAUUUUACAAUUGGCUUGAUCCCUAUUGGAAACAACUGCAGGAUGAUAGAGAGAAAAACAAGAUUUUACCUAUAGCUUUUAGGAAGAUAUGAACCUGUAACUAACUGCAUAUGUGUUAUUGAAGACCAAAGCUGUCAGAUAUAUAAGUGUUUGGGCAUGUUUGGUAAAAAAAAAAUGUAUGUUAUAAAGAUUUUUUUUGUUGGUAAACCAGAUAUGCUUGACUGGUGUGAGAAUUGAUAGAAUUUGUGUGUUGUCUGAUGUUAGAUAUUUUAAACAAGAAUAGCUUAUCUGAACGACCUCUCGCACAAUUUAAAAUCUUCCCUAAGCCUAAAAUCCUUUAAGAGAUCCCUCUCUACAUACCUCAAAACAGAAUGCACCUGUCAUGGUUGAUUAUAUAUUUCCUGCCUGUUCCAUGUUAAAUUUUGUAUUUAUUGUGUAUUAAUAUUGUUUUUGUAUUUUAUUGUACCCUAAUGUAACAAUGCAAUGAUUUGUAGACCCGGGACAUACUUGAAAACGAGAGAAAUCUCAAUGUAUCUUUCCUGGUAAAAUAUUUUAUAAAUAAAUAAAUUAUCAGUGAGAUCAAAACAAUAUUAACAAAACUGAAACCAUUUACUAAAUUGGGAUUAUUUGAAACUCAUUAGAGUAGUGUUGGCAAACUCAAGACCUUUAGAUGUUCUAGAACUCCAAUUGCCAUGAUGGUUUGCCAGGAUUUAGAAUGGCAAAGCAUCAAUAAAGUUGCAGUUCUCCAGCAUCUGGGGACCUACCAUCCCAGCUCUACAAAAAAAACACAGAACUGCAAAAAAUCUCCAAUUUAUCUGUGCUAAGCCUGUGUUUAUCUGUGCUAAGCCCAACAGUAAGACCAUUUUAGCCUAAAUGUUGCAUUUCCCUAGUGGAUUCCACAAAGUUCCCGAUUUAGUGAAUAACGCAUAAUCUUAUGCCGCUUUCCAACUUGGUUGUUUAAAUGGAACUUUUACAAUGACCUCUACAGUUCAACAUUUUAUAAAUACAGAUCACGCAGUGUUAAAUUUAAUCAAAGCCAUUGGAGCCACUUUAGAGAUUUAUUCACUAAUCGUUGAAAUCAGAGAAUUGAAAUGAAAAAAUGGAAAAAAAAAAUCUCCAACUCGGUUAUUGUCACAGCAUGAUUAUGUCCGCCUGGAUUUUGGAAAUCGAUUUUCAACUCACCACAACUUUGAGUUUAAAGAAUAAUAAGAAUAAACCCUUCUGGUAUUUAAUGCAGUUCUUUUAUAUUCUACUUUGGAUUAACUGGGGUGCACUUUUUGUUUAGAUUAUGCAGUUCUGGUAAUAAAACAAUGGAUACCUUUGGAUGAAGUUUUAAGUUAGUUGGGACAUUAUAGUCACCAAAACAGCUUCAGCUCAUUGAAGCAGUUUUGGUGUAUAGAUCAUGCUCCUGCAGUCUCGUGCUCAAUUCUCCAAUUCUCUGCCAUUUAGGAGUUAAAACUAUUUGUUUAUGCAGCCCUAGUUACACCUCCCUGCAUGUGACUUACACAGCCUUCCUAAAUACUUCCUGUAAAGAGUUAUCUAAUGUUUACACUUCCUUUAUUGUAAAUGCUGUUUAAUGUAUAAUUUCGUAUCUCCUGUCCUGUUAAUAGAUUGCUAUACCCUGCAGGAGCCUCAUAUAUGCAAUCACAGUUAAAUCUACAGAGCAGGAGAUACAAAUUUUUAGAGUAAGUUACAUUUGAGUGAAAAUGAAACCAUUUUGUUUUCAUGCAGACUGUGUUAGUCACAGCCAGGUGAGGUGCGGCUAGGGCUGCAUAAACAGAAACAAAAUUGAUUUAACUCCUAAAUAAAAGAGAAUUGAGCAGUGGGACUGCAGGGGCAUGAUCUAUACACAAAAACUCCGUCAAUAAGCAAAAGUUGUUUUGGACACUAUAGUGUCCCUUUAAGAAAACAUUUUUAUAUAGAUUACUGUUCAGUAAUGACAGAAAUUCUGGGUUUAUUUUUUCAUCCUUUUCAGAAAUAUUAUAUUAUGUUAGUUUAAAGUAAGAAUUGUGCAAUAUACAGGUUCUGCAAAACAAACAUAAUACAAAUGAACAAAUACCAUUUGAUGGACUAACUGUAAGGGAUCCUGUGGUAUUUUGGAGAAUGCAGAUUCCAGAAAUGUUAUCAGAAUAUAAAUCGUAUCAUUGUGUUUGAAUAUAAUGCCAACAGGCAAACAGAUUAAAUAUAGUGAUAAUAAUCAAAAACAAAACCAACUACCCACAUAGCAGUAUAAUAAAACAAACUAACAAGUGUCACUAGUAGCCUCUGUAAACUGUGUUAUAAAAAUGUAUUAAAUAGAUAUCUAGCAGGUACUCUGAGAAGCUCUGCUACACUGGGCACCCGCUGGGACGCUGGGACUAGCUCGUCCUCCUCACUAUGAGCUCAAAAAAAUGUGAUUAGGUUGACAUGGCAAUUAUAAGACAGAAGCUUUGCGAAAUCCUCAUUAUUUGAUUUGUAGGAUGGAUAUUUACUAACAAGUGUUGGAGACCGCUUAGCUCCUGUUAGCCAGUAUGGCUCCAUUCAAUGAUUUAAGCAAUUCCCAAAACCUAAGUCCAAAAAACAAACAAAAAAAAAACCUCUUACUAUAGGCCAGCAUUUAUAUCAAAAUUAUUUGUUCAGCUAAAAAGCAAUGUGAUUGGCUGAGCCAUGUACAGGUCAGUCACAAUCUAAAAUUAAUUUCUGUGCAGUCAGCGAGAAAUGAACUACUAAAUUUAGAAAAAAUAUAUAUUUUGGAUCCUGGCCAGAAAUGUGCCAUUUUUUCAAUGUUACACUGUUUUUGCGGGUGAACUAGGCGCGAAACGACCUUAUAUGAUUAAAUGGGAGAGUGAUUUGGGUGUGAUGUUUAUGGUGUCGAAGUGGCAUAAUUUAAUGUUGAGUUUAAAGGGGAUUACUCAUAAUAUUAUCCAUUUGGAAACUCAUUUGAAAUUAUUAUACAGAUGGUACUUGUCUCCCUUUAAAUUCUACAGACUAAAUCUUUCCAAAUCUAAAAUGUGUUGGAGGGGAUGUGGCCAAACGGGUACCCUGUUUCAUAUUUUCUGGACAUAAAUCAAAAAUUAUUGGCAAAACAUUUUAUAAUUAAUUAUCUCCAUCACAGAAUUUUCAAUUGGUUUAACCCCCAGUAUUAUUAUUAUUAUUAUCAUUUAUAUAGCGCCAACAGAUUCCGUAGCGCUUUACAAUAUUUUGAGAGGGGGGAUGUAACAAUAAAUAGGACAAUUACAAGAAAACUUACAGGAACAAUAGGUUGAAGAGGAUCCUGCUCAAACGAACUUACAGACUAUAGGAGGUGGGGUAUUAGAAACAUUAGGACAAGAAAUAUCAAGUAGGGGUGAAGCAGAGCUGGAGGAGAGAGCAAAGCACUGUCCCAUAGGAGAGAGCAGGAGGUAGAGAUUACUCUGGGAGGCCAUAAGCUUUCCUGAAGAGAUCGGUUUUAAGGCCCUUCUUAAAUGAUUGAAGACUAGGGGAGAGUCUGAUGGCAGUAGGCAAGCUAUUCCAUAGGAGAGGAGCCACCCGUGAGAGGUCCUGCAAGCGCGAGUUGGCCGUACGGGUGCGAGCAGCGGUCAGGAGGUGGUCACGGGCAGAGCGGAGGGUACGAGGAGGGGCAUAUCUAUGGAUUAGUGAAGAGAUAUAAGCGGGGCUAGAAUUGUUCAGUGCUUUAAAUGUGUGGGUUAGCACUUUGAAUUGACUCCUAUAGCAUACAGGGAGCCAAUGUAAGGACUGGCAGAGGGGUGAGGUGUGAGAGGACCGACUAGAGAGGAAGAUCAGUCUAGCUGCAGCAUUCAUGACAGACUGUAGCGGGGCAAUACGGCUUUUGGGGAGACCAAUCAGGAGAGGGUUACAGUAAUCCAUGCGGGAAAUUACUAGAGCAUGGACAAGCUCCUUGGUAGCAUCUUGCGUAAGAAAGGGGCGAAUGCGGGCUAUGUUUUUGAGUUGGAACCUACAGGACUUGGCAACAAACUGGAUGUGAGGCUCAAAGGUGAGACCAGAGUCAAGUAUGACGCCAAGACAGCGCGCUUGCAGGGAUGGACUUAUGUGGAUAUCACUGAGUUGAAGGGAGAGCGAGAGAGGAGGAUCAGUAUUAGGAGGAGGAAAGACAAGGAGUUCAGUUUUAGAGAGGUUAAGUUUCAGAAAGCGUGAGGACAUCCAGUCAGAGAUUGAAGAAAGGCAAGCAGUGACACGUUGCAGGACGGCAGGGGAGAGGUCCGGGGAGGAGAGGUAUAUCUGAGUGUCAUCAGCAUACAGGUGGUAGCGGAAUCCAAAAGAGGCAAUAAGUUUACCUAGAGAGGCAGUAUAAAGAGAAAAUAGGAGGGGACCAAGGACAGACCCUUGGGGAACUCCGACCGAGACAGGACGAGGGGAGGAGGUAUCCUUGGAAAAGGAGACACUGAACGAGCGUUGGGAGAGAUAGGAGGAAAACCAAGAGAGGACAGAGUCACAGAGACCGAGCGAUUGAAGAGUUUGAAGGAGGAGAGCAUGAUCAACGGUGUCAAAGGCAGCAGAGAGGUCAAGGAGAAUUAAUAUGGAGUAGUGACCUUUGGAUUUAGCGGAGAUUAGGUCAUUAGUCACUUUGAUAAGAGCAGUCUCAGUAGAGUGGAGAGGGCGGAAGCCAGACUGAAGAGGGUCAAGGAGAGAGUUGGAAUUAAGGAAGCGAGACACACGGGUAAAGACAAGUCUUUCCAAAAGCUUUGAUGAGAAAGGGAGCAGGGAUAUGGGACGAUAGUUAGAAGGGGAGGAUGGGUCAAGAGAUGUUUUUUUGUAUGUCUCCUUAAACAUUUCCCGGAUGAUCUCGCAUAUCAUAAAUGCGUUAUGUUGGGUCAUCUACUUAUUUCAGCCACCUCCGCUAUUCCCCGCCUAUGGAAAUUGGCUGAAACUCCAACCGAUGUUCUUACUCACUUAUUUGAAAGCAAAUGAUGCAAGCUUGCGUUCAGCAUACCAUCGGCCAGUAGUGCCCUUUUACGACACGACUGGUCUGAAUGGGAAAAGGCGAUGAGGAAUAAAUUUAAAUCGAAUUGAGUACCCACCUGGCUGAAUAUAAUUGUUUAAUUUUCUAAAUAUUUUUCUUUUUUUAAAUCUCAAUAUUUUUUAUAUAAGUUAUAGAAAGCAUGACCAUCUUAUAUAUAUUCAUUGUACACGUUUUUUGUUGGGAUUCGUCAUGGACAUGAUAUUAUCUUUAUAAUUAUUUUAUUUCCCCUUUUAUUUUCCUUUUUUUUAAUUAUUUUUUUUCCUUUUAUUAUAUCUCCACCAGUUAUUACUCUAUAGAUAUUGUAAAUGCUUAUUAUAGGUCAUUAUAGUAUUAAUACACUUACUCUAACAGUUUAAAGUUUCUGAAAUCUUCCAAUAUAUUUCGGUUAUGUAUCUUUAUUUAAAUUUAUGACCACUGCAUGAUAGAGUUUAUUAAAUUUUUUAUUAUAAUUAUUUUCAUAUAAAUUAAUAUAUUUCAAAAUAAAAAAUAUUUGAAAGAAAUGAAUGGAGAAAUUUGAUUGGCGGAAAAAGCAAUUGAUGACUUAUGGUUACGAAUGCUCUUAAAGUACACACUCCUGGUACUGUAGUUAAUUGUGAGGAGUUGGAUAUUUAUUGAGCCAAGGGAUCAUAUCAUUUAGCAUGCCAGGCUAUAAAAUGGUCUCUUUCUAAAUCAAUGGUAAAAAUAUUUUAAUGUGCAAAUCAACUCUUGUUAUCAGUUUAGAAGAAAUACAUUUACUGCAAUCAUUUUCAGAAUUGGGCAGCGAUGUUGAUAAGGGGAAUGGAAGAUCUCAGCUUUUCUUAUAUUGGGUUUACUUAGUCAGAAGAAAAGAAUUAGAGGAAAGGAGAUUUCAUGUUCAACAGGUUAUUUCUUACAGUCCAGACAGUAUGCAGGAUACACAACCUAUAUAUAUUUUCAGAUUCAGUCCACUCCUUAAGAAAUAAGGUCAUACAUAAAGGUUUAGGUCAAUAAUAUUACACCUUAGGAAGCAUUUAUUCAGAUAUUCUCAGACCGUAAGCUCAUUUGAGAAAGGUCCUCAUCAACCUAAUGUUCCUGUCAAAUGUUUAAAUAGUUAUAUCUCCUUCAUAACAUUGUAAAGUGCUACGGAAUAUGUUAACUUUAUAUAAACACCAACAAUAAUGGUAAUAAUAAAAAUAAUAUAUUCAUUAUUGAAACAAAACUUUAAAAAUUGAAAGAGUAUCAAUAUUUUAUCCCUUGUAUUCAGGGCCGGCGCGUCCAUAAGGCUGCACAAGCGGCUGCUUUAUGGCACCAGAGCCCAAAUUGUAGCCAUAAAUCUACUUCGGCCCCUAUUCCCCCACUACAUUUCCUAACCCCAUAAUUACAGCCCGUACCCUCCACUACAGCCCCUAACUUUUCAAUUACAGCCACAACAACCCACUACCAGAGCCAUUCCUGAGAAUAGGCUCUGGCUCCACCCCUGUUCUGUAUGCCUUUGUAUGUAUGUCUUUGUACCACUGUGUAUGUAUGUCUUUGUAUGCCUGUGUCUGUAUGACAGUGUCUGUGUGUGUGUCUGUAUGUCUGUGUUUGUAUGACAUUGUACCAUUAUGUGUAGAUUAUAUGGCUGUGUGCCUAUAUUUAUUUGAUUGUGUGCUGCGUAUCUCUGUGACUGAGUGCCUGUAUGGCUGCGUGUUGCUGUAUUUCUAAGUCUAUAUCACACACAAAAAGACACAAAAUGUGCUGAGGGGAGAGAGUCACAGAAAGGGUCUAGGGGGAAGAAAGAGACACAAAAAUAAUGGGGAGGGAAACACACAAAGGGGCUGAGGAAAGAAAGCUGCACAAGGGGAGUUAUAAGAGACACACAAGACCGUGUAUGACAAAGUAAAGGGGGGAUACAAAGCACUAAAGAGGGUAAGAAAAUCAAAAGGGGGGUUACAAGACACAUAGGCAAAGACACAUUUUUUUCUUCUAAGGGUGGGGGGCGGCAAAAUGCAUCUGUAAUGCAUCUGUAAUCUGUAAUGCGGCAAAAUGCAUUUGUGUAGCCAAAAAUCCUUACACCGGCCCUGCUUGUAGUGAGUGUGACACCUUUAAAUAAGCCGGAUAGUUUCACCCAUGAUGUAAUUACUAUCUUUGAUCAUUUUAUUAUGUAAACAGCAUUACAUUUUAUCUUAUAUCUUCAAUUAUAUAACUUGCUGAUAAUAAAUAGUCAUCUCUCCUUUUUUUACUCUUGAAACAUCCAUAAUUUCUAUAAUGAUUAUUAUGGUCAGAGAAAAACUGUGCAUGUAAAGAAAAAUGUAAUUAGCCAUUCACACAGUAACAGAAAAUAGAUGGGUUUGGAUAACGAGCUUUAUAAACUGUAAUUAUUAUCUACAGACUUACUUUUAGCCAAGUGCGGAACUUAAAGAAAAUGUUAAUGCAUUUCUAUUUCGAAGCUUCACUGUUAAUUAUAUCUGCUAAAACAGCCCAAUAGCAUAGAUCAAAGAACACUCAUUAAAUAUUUGUAAUAGUAUAAAGUAUAAAUUAACUUUGUUGAACCGAUAUCUAAUAAAGAGGUUAUUCUAUUAAAAGCUUGCUAAAAAUAUAGGUUAUGUAACUACAUCAAUAUUAAAGAGCAGACGAAUGGAUAAAUGGAAAACAGGUAAAGAGUAGGAAAGAUGACUAAUCCCGAAAGCAAUGGAUUCUAAUUGGGUCCCCGUGCUAUUUUAGUUUGUCCCAUAUGGCCGGAACCAGUGCGUCAUAUUCAUUGGGCCCCAGGCAAGUACCGUUAAAUUAGCUGAUAUAACAGGUCUGCCUUCCUUUGCAUGUUGAGACCACUGUAACACUGAAAAGACUUUAAUGAAGGUAUUUUGCCAAAUUAAUUGUGUUACAUUUAACAGAGCAGAUAAAGAAUUGUCCACUGAGGUACUUCCGAAAUUGAAGGAUGAGUCCACAACGCACCUCCCACACCUCACUCCUCUGUCAGUCCCUGCAUUGAUAUAGGGAUCAAUUCAAAACUUGGUUCUUGCUUAGAAAUAUCAACAUAAUGCUGCCCCAACCGACCUAUCCUCCCUAAUACACAAAUAUGUCCCAUCUAGGCCCCUAUGCUUUGCCGAAGACCUACAUCUAUCCUCUGCUCGCAUCCAAUACUUCUCUAGGGCUGCAUCAUUCCUGUGGAACUCCCUUCCCUUCUCUGUUAGAUGCUAACCAGUCUCCACUCCUUCAAAAAAUCGUUAAAAACUCACUUCUUUGUGAAUGCUUAUCGAUUAACUGUUAAUAGCUCCCCCCAGCACCCAGAUUCCUCUUGUGCAACUGUCAUUUAAAAAACACAUUAAGUCUUCAGUGAAUUCUAUUCUACCAGCCUACUUUUCUACCCCUACCAUUACCUUUUGUUUCACUAUACCCAACACCAUCUAGCUUGUAAGCUCAUUGAGCAGGGCCCUCAACAUCUCUGUUCCAACUCAUCUGGUUACAAUAACGUAUUUGUUAGUCCACUCAUUGUACAGCCCUGCCCUAUUUGUUGGUGCUAUAUAAAUAAUAAUAAUAAUACCAUGUACCUAAUUUGGGUCCCUGUGAGAAAUAAUCACGUAGGGUACAAAAGUUAGGUCGGGGGUGUUAAAAUACGGUUCCCAGAGAUUAUUGGACUUCAACUCUCAUCAUUAUCUGUAUUUAUUAGGAUAAAGGGUUUUAAUACAUUAAACAGAUCAAAGUAAUUGAGUAACUAUGUAGUUAUAAAUCAUGCUUGUUUGGACUAUGCAGGUUAAGAAAAUAUCCCAUUAAACCUUCCUGCUAACAGGACACAGUUAGACCAUACAAUAACUAAUGAAUAUUACAAGAUGUUACACUUACCUGCAUUGUAUAGCAUCCAUUAUUAAUAUUCUGCUAUUGUAAAGGUAAUCUUAUGUGCACAGCUCAGAACAGGUCAUUAUAGUAAGUGUAUAGUGUUUGCUUAGAUGAUUGCCAGACACAAACUGUCUCUGACAGCUGUAAGGUGCGUGCUAUACAUCUCAUAACAGUAGACACUGCAAACACAUUACAUUUUAAAUGCACUAAUGAACAGAUGCCUUCAAUCAUAGCCACCUCUUCUCAGGGCCAGACUAACCCACCGGGAUACCGUGAAAAUUCCCAGUGGGUCGGGAUACUAGUGGGCCGGUGUGCAGCCGGUGUGCGGCCGGUGUGUGGCCGCCUAGUGCGCACCGGCCUGCGGGCCGCACGGUGCAAUUACAGGGUGACUGGCAGGAGGGGAAACUAAUGUGACAUAGGGAGCGCUGGGGGGGGGGAACUAAUGGGAGAAAGGGAGAGCUGGGGUGGGAGAAACUAAUGCGACACAGGAAGAGCUGGGGGGGAUCUAAUGGGACACAUGAGGGCUAGGAGGGGGAUAUAAGAACACAUGGAGGGCUGGGAGGGGGCUUUAGGGACCCAUGGAGGGCAUGUACAGGAGCAUAUUGUAGUGUAUGUGUAAGUGUACACAAGAGCAUAAUGCAGUAAAUUGCAAUGCAGUCAGUUUUUAAGGGUUGGACCCGGUCUGUGUGUGUUAUGUGUGUGAAUGUGUGUGUGUAGGUGUGGGUUGGGUAGAUGUAAUUACAUUAGGUGUCAUGGCUUGGAAUAAAAUAAGGUGCCUUAGACUGUAAUGCUUUACAACAAACGACAGUGGUUUUAAGUUAGCAUUAAUAAUUAACCUUAAGGCUGGCAUUGAAACACUGUGUUCCAAAGAAGAAACAUGAAUUCCUCUCCGUUCUUAAGAAGCCUUAAUUUUCCUAGAGACAUUUUGCUGUGGGGUAAUAAAAAGUUUGUUAUUUUUAAUGGAAAAAAAGGACAAAAAAGUUACAAAUAGACAAUCCAAUCUUAUGGCAAAGUACGUAAAAUAUAUUAAUUACUGAAGAAACAGAAUGAGUGGUCCUUGAAUGUAAUAAGGAAACAUGUGCAAAAGAAAUAGAUCACAUUCCACCCAUUAGAAAAUGAAUAGUCAUUUUGUAAAAAAUGCUGCCUAGCAGACUCACUGCCGUAUACAAACUCUCUGCAGGCUGCAUAGGGAAAUUCAUUAUAUCUAUCAAUAGAUUGUUAUAGCUUAUAGACAAGGUGAAUAUCAGUAGUAACAGAGGUGUUGCUAGGUUCAAAAUAAAAGGGUUUGAGGAACUCAAAGACCCCUCCCAAUACCACAGCCAAGAACCAUGCAAAUGCCACCUUCAGAUUCUGCCCCAAAUUAUGUCACUUAAAAAUUAUAAUUAUCAUUAAAAAAAAAACAAUGUAUAGGGUUAUUCGAUGUAGCACGAACUUCCAAGAAUUUCAAAAUGAGUUUCAAAUGUAAGACUCAUUUGGCCGAACUGAUAUGAAUUCUCAGAGUUAUCUAUGCUGCUAUUUGAGCAGUUUUGAUUUUACUUUUGAAAUUUACUUUAACUUCACUUUGAAUGCUCGACAAUUAAUCCUUCCAGGGAUUUAUUGCUGUUCCUUUAUUUUGACAUUCCAACUAAGUUGCCGAAUGCACCUAUGAAACUGGCAAGUCUCCUAUGGUUUCUGGAUUCCAUGCUACUGUUAGGAAAUCACUUUCUAUAACCUCACAGAAGGCUAGUUUGUACAAUAAAAGUGUCCAGCAGGAAAAGUAACUGAUAAAUAUAGACUUUUCGUGCUCUUACCUGUACGUUCCAAAAUAUAAUUUCACCCGCAGGUCGUACCUUUCUUUACAUUUCAGCUAAAGAUGUGAUUUAAUGAAUCCGUAUGAGAAUUGUAGAGUAAAUCUUAGAUGACAAAUGUUUGGGGAAAAUGUUGAGAAAAACAAAAUACUCUGUGUCACUUUGUUAUGAAUGUGAUAAAUAUGGAUUUACAAACUAAUUGUCAUUCUCCAUCAUUCUUUAUAAAUUUUUAUACUAUAUCUAUGUUGGCAUUUGGAUAUCAUACAACUCUUUCCAAAAUGAUAAGUAUUCAUAUGCAGGACAACCCUCCCCCGCCCCCCACCCCUUUCUAUUGCCAACAUGCUUAUGAAAAGGCCUUCUAUUAAAAUCCCAUGGUUCUGACACUUGUGUAACAUCAACUAAAAUCUCACAACCAGUUCUUUGCCUAGUAUUUAUUCCCAAGGGAAUUAACGAGCAUGGGUGCAGUAUUUCCUCAUAAUUAAUAAUUAGGUAUAAGUAGGUACAGGGAAACAUCGUGCACCGUUUAAUACCCGAGGAAAUUAAUAACUGAAUGCAAUUUUCACCAAUGGUCCAAUCAGUUCCAAUUGGUUUUUCCCUCGCCAAUACGAUGCCCUGAAAGGUUUUGUUACAUGUGUGAAAUGUGUCCAUUCACUUGAAGAAAAUAAUUUUCGUAUUGGUUUAUGAAUCCAGGAAAUAUUUUGGAUGUAGGAAUUCUGGAACUAUUUUGGAUUUAGAAAUCCAGGAAAUAUUUUGGAUAUAGGAAUCCUGAGAAUAUUUUGGAAUUUAGGAAUCCAGUAAAUAUUUUGGAUUUAGGAAUCCAGGAAAUAUUUGGGAUUUAGGAAUCCAGGAAAUAUUUAGGAAUCCAAGAAAUAUUUUGGAAUUUAGGAAUUCUGUGAAUAUUUUGGGGAUAUUUUCUCCUAGGGCCUGUGAGAGAGGAGCUUUUUGAAAGGACUUUUUAAUGUAUUGCAUAAAAAUAUAUACUUAUUUGCAUGAUGCCCAAUCAGAUGCACGUUCCCUGGGCUGUCCCUUUAAAUGAAUCAAUGCUUAUCACAUCUUACCAACUACAGCCAUAUGGGGAAAGAUAAAACAUGUUUUAGGGACUACAAGUAAUUACAUCAGGUCAGUUGUGUAUUCAUUAGUCUAACUGUGCACAUAAACAGAUAAUUUCAUGUUCCAAUAUUCCAUUUGUUCUUUAAUAGAACAGGCGUCUGUCAAAACAAAUGUGGUCCGUUGCAACUUCAAAGCUUUGUUUUGGCACAUGGUUUCUCAUGCAAAACACUACCCUUUUAGAUUACUGUCCCAUUAUUUCUUAUUCAAAACAAAAAAGCAGAUGAAUAUCUCACGUGACCUUGUUAUAUUUAAUAUGUACAGCUGCAGUAGGGUUUCCUGUACUUUUUAUGGCUGUAUCGGAAGAUGUCCCAUUCACAUUAAUUUUUAGACUGUAUUUAAACCUUGUAUUUAAUACAUUUAAAAAAAUUAAUAAUAAUUAAAACUAAUUAAAAAAAAAUAUAUAUAUAUUUAUGUAAAAACAAACAAACUAAAGGUUGGUACAAUAGAACCUACCCAGCAGAGCUGUAAGCCUAUUCUACACUUUGCUGGUAAACAUAGGUAGGGGAUCUAGAGCAGUGUUUCCCGAACCAGUCCUCAAGACCCACCAACAAUCUAGGUCUUGCCAGUAUCUCCAUUGUAAUAAGACAGGGCACUGCAUAAAUCCACUAACCCCCACUAACGAUUUUGGCAAGUAUGGCAAAAUAUAGACCUUAGGUGCAGAACUUUAAUGGGCAUGACUAUUUGCCAGUCUUAAGUAUGUGUGGUCUUAACAUUUGCCCGCACAUACUUCUGUUUUUUAUUUGCUUAUUUUGUGGAGCCACAUUUUUUAUGUAAAGUUUAUCAUAGCUCAUACAAACAUGGUGGAGCCUGGGGAUAAUACUGUGAAGACAUAGACAGGUUUAUUCCACAAGCCUUGAAUUGUUGGGAAUUGGCCUUGGUAUUUCUAAUUGUAUUAGACAAAUUAGGAAAGAUACAAUCCUCAAAAUAACCACCAAAAGUGUACAAAGAUUAUGUUUAGCAAUAAGGAGAUACAACACGCAUAUAGGGAACAGAGAAUAUAUAGUAUCUCCAGUUUAAUGUAAAUAUAUUACUCAUUUUAUGCCAAAAUGGUGGAGCUGGGAACAGAUUUGAAGGUUUUUUUCCAUCUUGCACAGAAUUUGAAAUUCCAUGGUCAAUAAUUCUUUCUGUGUACUGAUAAUCAGUCAUUUUCCAUCUUUGUCAUUUCGCAUUGUGAAUUGAGUAGGGCACUAUUUGGCCAAUUAAAGCUGCAAUUGAUCAACUACCUUUGUUAUUGAUUUUGAGGUUCUGAUAAGAUAUACCACAAUGUGACAAACAUACUGGAGUAUCAGGUCCGAUGAAUUAAUGUGAUGGUGACUACACUGCUUAAUGUAAAAUUUACUACGCAGGGCUGUAUUCAAGAAGUGUUCAUUCAAAGCAAUUUUUUGAUUAUUUAUAAGUGUAACUCACAGAUUUAUCUAUCAUUCAGCAAUCCAUGUUUGUUGUGACACCUCUAAAGAUAGCAUGUCGCUGUUGUGUGCUUUGAUGACGACAGUUAAUGGUAAAAAUAAAUGGUGGAAUAAUUUUGCGAUGCUCUGAACAACAAGUAACAUGUUAUCUGAUUUCCUCCUACAGUUGGAGCUCUGCCACUUGAUAAAGGAGAACAUCCAGAAGAAAUGGUAUGUUACAACUGGACAUUCUGUUAUUGCUUGGCCGUGUUUUGAUUUAUUUAUAUUGAUUUCACUACUCUCUGUUGAUUAUAUUGCUGCUUGCACAUUCCGCCGUGAGGGUUCUUGUUAUUGAUUAGAUAGCAGGGGAAUUCCUUUUCUUGCUAGUUAAGAGACCCAAUCAAUAAUCUGCCAAAUAGAGUCAUUAAAACUCGAUGCUUUGAUGGACAAUGUCGAAUUGUUUUUCCUGUGAAUACAAUUUUCUGUAGUGUGGAACUGAGGAUGCAACCUAUUGCUUGCUGUGAGCAUAAAAAACCAUAAACAUUACCAGUUACUCUAGUCACUUUGUUCAAAAUAGUUUUAUAGAUAAAUGAGAUUAGGAGCCCUAAAAUACUCGUUUAUGGUGACCUUAUAGGCUUCCCAUUUUGAGCAGAGGGAGCUGGAAACUCACUUUUCAAAAAAGCUGCUUGAAGGCCUAGUUGACAAAAAAUAAUGGGACAAUACCCUACGGGGUGUAGAUAGUAAAAUACACUGGCUGUUAGUUUAAAACACACUAACAAGGUUCUUCACUGAAAUGAGAAUUGUUGACAAUUCAAAAUGAAUUCAAAAUGAAUUUUAAAUAUAAGGAGAGAGUAUCUGAAAAGCUGACUUGGAGAGUCUUGCUGUUUAGAGUAUUUUGGCGUUAAAUUUGAAAUCCACUUUGAAUUCUCUCUUUACUGGCUAAUGCUACAAGUGCUUCAAUAGACUGGAGGGCACCACGAAUAUUCGCUAUGUAAUUAAAUGAUACAUUCUACAAUAACUGGUUUCAAAUAUAGCUUUUAUAGUGUAUAGAAUCCUGCACAACAAUUCAUACAGUAUUAGGUCAAAUUGUAAAAUAAAAAAAAUAAAAAAACAAAUCAUAGGAAAGAAUUAAAGUAACAGAAAACUAAGACAGUUAUUCACAUUCUCAAAAGUUCAGAUGCACGUGAUCAUAUCGCGUCUUGUUAUCUUACCCCUGGACUGUAGAGCUUGAUAUCUGUAUUUGUCAUUUUAUUCUAAUAAAGAGUGUUUACCAGGCACACCGUCACAUUUUCAGGAGUUCUUUUUUGUUUUUAACAAAAUCCAAUAACAGGUAACAUUUUAACCUUCCUAAGUCUUUAUCAAUCCAUCAAGCUUUGAUGAAGACCUAGGAAGGUUGAAAUAUUGGCACGUUAUAGAUUUUGGUAAACUAAGGGUCUAUUAUAGAUCCUGCCGUGUCUUUGGGACGCUUUGUCUGUUGAAAUACAUUAACCAGAUACUGGGCAGUUUAAAUGUUGACAAUAUUCAGUGACAUUCUAGAAUGGAUUUUUACAUGGAUGUCUGCGUAGACUAUCAAUAAAUAUAGCUCUCUAUCAGUCCUGUUUAUUUGCUACAUGAUUUAAUUCACUAUUUUUUUACACAAUUUUUAUUUUAUUGAUAGCACAACAAAACAGCCCCAUAUGGAUACACAUGAAAACAAUAAGAAAAACAUUCACGAUAUAUAUAUUAAUCAUAUAAAUAAAUAAAAUAUUGUAUCCCAAGAAUCCAUAAAAACGGGCUUUGGUCACAGUUUUGUUUCCAGUUUGUUCACGAUUAUACUUUCAGUGCUGUGUUAUUACCGUGUGUCAGUAACUGCCCCCAAAAUCAUUGGGACUCUGAAACAUUGAUUUCAGGCAACCUUUUAUUCAGCCUCAAGGACAAAUCGUCUCACCUAGCUGAUUCCUCAGUAAAACUCAAAAAUGGUUUCCAACUGUUAUACAUAGACCCAGGCAUUCCAUGGAGUGCUUAUUGCUGGUCCUAAAGGGUUACUUCAACCACCAUGACCACUACAAUGAUUUGAAGGGUCAUGGUGGUAGAAGUCAGUAUGUGCAGUGUUUCAGCUUCAUACUGAGAUAUUUGCGGUUGUGUGCUGGGGGCUAUUUACACAUGGCUGGGGGCUAGUUUCACAUGAUCCAUCAUCAGUGCGUGUGGCAACAGAUGUAUUGCCAGUCAGUUCCCCACCCCCACCCCCAAUAAAUUGGCUCAGAUUGCACGCAUGUGCUAUAAGAUGGCAAAAUGGUGCAAUCACAGGCUUCUCCAUGAGAAGACUGUGUCUGGACCACAGAAGGCAUCAUCUAAUGUCAGAAAGGGGCAUGGAAAGCAGUGCCGGGAGCUUUGCCCAGUGCUGGACACCUGGUAAGUAAAACAAUUUUUAGAGGGGGGGGCUAAUUAAUUGUGCCCAAAAGGGCAUUUUACAGAGAAAAGGCCCCCCCCCCCCAAAAAAAGAAUGGAGUAACCCUUUAAAGCUGCAGUUACCACAAAAUUUAGCUUGAUUAACUUGGGUAACCUUGAGAAUUUCCAUACAAUAAAAAGCACAAACUGAACUUAUAGAAUGUGAUAGAGAAGCGGGAGAAAUGGGAUAGAGAAAGAAAUAAAAGAAGGGGAUAUUGGCCAACUCCUUAAAUAGGUGCACUAGCACCUAGCAAAGGGCAGUUCAAUGACACCUACUAAAAAUGACCAAAGUUCAAAAAUAUCUACUGAAAAAAUAUCUACUGAACCAAAAUACGGUAAUUCGAGCCAUCCAAGUUAUAAAAACCUUGAUGGGGAUACCACAGGUAGAACUCAUUUCAUGUAGUAUGAUUGUCUUCUAUAACUGAUAUUCCUGCAUGGAGCCAGUUGCAGUUGCCAGGGUGCAUUCUGGAAUGCACAUCUCUUGGUAUUCUAGAGAAGUUGGGUUUUCUGCCUGAUAGUAAAUUUUAUAAAAUAGUUAGAGCACAGCUUUCCAAACUUUGUGACGUGACAUGUUAGUGUGUCGGCUGCACAGUCUAAGUGUGUCAUGCAAAUGAGGUGUGCGACCGGAAGGGGAGCACAUUGCUCCCUUCCUGCCAGUCACUCCAUGUAUGUGUCUUAGCAGGUGGACCGCGGUAGAGGAGCUUCUGUUUCUACUACUCGGUCUUACAGGACGUACUCACUGAGAGCACAUAACUGCUUCCUGUUAGACCAGGUAGGGAAAACCCAAAGCUCCUCUACCAUGGUCUGCCACUACAUUGAGGGAAGUGAGGCUGAGCAGGAACAGGAACAGGGGAGGGGACAAAAAUGGCAUAGGAGGGGAGGGGUGACAGAAGAUGGGCACAGGAGGGUGUGGGACAGAAGAAGGGCACAGGAGGGGAAGGAGCGCAAAAGAAGGGCAUAGGAAAGGAGGAGGAACAAAGAGACACACAGAGGGGCUUGGGGGAAAAAGACACACAGUGGGGGAGAAACAGAUGCAUAAAAUUACUAAGGGAAGAAAGAGGCCGGCCAGCCGCAGUCAGCCUGUCUGCCAACCAACCAGUCACAGCAGCCAAACAGCCACAGCAGCCUGAUUGUCAGCAGCAGCAACCAGCCAGCUGCUGCCUGACAGCCACAGCAGCCAGCCAGCAACAGUAAAUAGGGUGAGAAGAGCUGACUUGGGCUGGCUAUGUUAUAUUACUAUAUUGUGAAUAGGCACCAGAGUGUUAGAGAGAUGGUUGAGGCAUCAAACAUGUACUGCGUAUGCACAGCAUGCAGAAUUCGGUUGAAAUGGAUGAUUCUACGUCAUUUGAAGUGAGGUGUUCAAGUAAUAGAACACAGUCUCAACACAGUCUCAACUGCCGCUGUAUCGCAAUAUGAUGCAUGUUUGAAAAGUAUGUCAUCAACAUGAAAAGUUUGGAAAGCUCAGAGUUAGAGGAACACAAACAGUAUUUUUCCUAAUUAGAUUUAUGGAUAUCUUUAGAUCCCUUUCCCUUAGGGAAGCAUUGAGGGGCUAAUUUGCAUGUGCAGAAAGUGCCGCGUUGUAUCAAUCAGCAUCUCUCUUCAUAGAGAUGUAUUGGGUCAAUGUAUGUCUAUGCAGAGCAUUCAGUAUCUUCACGCAGCUCAUUAAGACAUCUAAUGUAUGGAAGACCACUCCAGGAAGCACCCCUGGUGACUGUCUGAGUGAAAGCCACUAUAGAUGACCUUAGAACACAAUAUAACCUGCCUAGUUCUAACAAUUCUCUUUUCUAGCUCAUUUGUAAGACUUUUUAUAUCUUAAAUUAAAAAGCAGCUACUUAAUGUCUGCCAUUGUGAUAGUGUCAUAGAUAAAAGGUACAUAAAGGGUUAAAGCCAUCAAUAGUAGAGGGCCAAGAGUGCCUGUUUACUCAAGAGUUACAGCGGAUAUGAGGAUUUUGAAGUUCGCUUUCUGUGUUUGAAGAAAUAAUAACGAAAAACAAAAAAGAACAGAAAAAUCUCUGUUUAUCAAGUUUUGUAUUAUGCUGCCAAUGUCUCCAGCUACUGAUCCACCUCAGAAUGUAGCUCACCAGCGUCCAGGCUCUGCCAUCUAAGUUUUAUUUUGUGUUGGAAAUUAGGUAUCCCAGGUGAUAAUUAAAGCAUGGGUCAUCUCUAAUAAACCAUUUAUAAAAAAAAAAUCUACAAAAUUCUGAUCAGACCUAAAAAAAAAUCAGGUUUUAUUUACUGAAACUCAUAGCACAUAACACAUAGCUGCAAAAUUUGGGACAAAAAAUGUUCACUUGGAAAAUGCUCCAGUCAAGUUAUAGUCACAGUUUGUGUAUUUUAGAACAGAAGUUGCAAUUCAAUUAAAAAUUUCGAAUUUCAAUUUAAACUUAGGAAAGACAUUUGGGUUAUAUUCAGGAAUUCACCAGAUAACUAAAAACAGCCGUAUUAGAAACAUCCUCUCCCAGCGCUCUUUCAGUGUUUCUUUCUCUGGCUCUGCUUCUUCUCCCCAACUCCUCUCUGUUGGUGUCCUUGGUCCCCUACUGUUCUCCAUCUAUACUGCCAUUUCUACGCAGAUGACACGCAAAUCUACCUGUCCUCUCCUGAUCUCUCCCCGUCCCUCUUGACUAGUGUCUCUGACUGCCUCUCUGCAGUUUCUAACUGGAUGGCUGCCCACCUCCUUAAACUAAACUUGACCGAAACUGAGGUUCUGGUCUUUCCUCCCUCAAGUGUUGUUACUCCUGUGUCUGUCUCCCUCCAAGUCAAUGGUGCUACCAUCAGCUCCACCACACAGGCUCGCUGCCUAGGUGUUCUCUUUGACUCCGACCUCUCCUUCAAGCCUCAUGUUCAAUCUAUCGCCAAAUCCUGUCAUUUCCAUCUCAAAAACAUUGCGCGCAUCCGCCCCUACUUAACGCCAGAUGCGACUAAGGUGUUGGUCCAUUCCACUGUCCUUUCUCGCCUUGACUACUGUAAUCUGCUUCUCAGUGGUCUUACGUGCUCCCAGCUAGCGCCGUUACAGUCCAUAAUAAAUGUGGCAGCGAGGCUCAUCUUCCUGUCCGCCUGCACCUCCCAUGCCUCACCCUUCUGUCAGUCCCUACAUUGGCUUCCUAUAAAAUAUAGAGCUCAAUUUAAAAUUCUGGUUCUUGCUUUCAAAUCUCUACAUAAUGCUGCUCCCACCUAUCUAUCCUCCUUUAUACACAAGUAUGUCCCGUCUAGGCCCUUACGAUCUGCUGAAGACUUACGUCUAUCUUCUGUCCGUACUCCCACCUCUGAUGCUCGCCUUCAAGAUUUCUCGAGGGCUGCACCGUUCCUGUGGAACUCGCUUCCCUCCUCCGUUAGAUGCUCACCCAGUCUCCACUCCUUCAAAAAAUCGUUAAAAACCCACUUCUUCAUAAAAGCGUAUCAAUAACACUGUUAAUAGCUCCUGACUGAUUCCUCUUCUUCAACUGUCACUAGUCUAAUACUAUCCUUACCUUUUUGUGUCAUUUUACCCCACUCCCUCUAGCAUGUAAGCUCAUUGAGCAGGGCCCUCAACCCCUCUGUUCCUGUGUGUCCAACUUGUCUGGUUACAACUACAUGUCUGUUCGUCCACCCAUUGUAAAGCGCUGCGGAAUUUGACAGCGCUCUAUAAAUAUAAUAAUAAUAAUAAUUAUUAUUAUUAUUCCCGAUCACCUAUUUAAUUGUAUUUCCCUUGAGAAUUCCUGACAAUUCACAGUUUAGUGAAUUACCCUGAAGGUUUAGGGAAUAAAGUCCAAUAUUAUUGCUGAAGCUAAAAAUAAUGACCAUACGUGUUUCUUCUCUCUCCUGUGACCAGAUUCUGCAGCUCAAACAUUAUGUUUGCCCUAUUUAGCAUUAUUCACUAAAAUGCGAAUUGUGAACUCAACGUAAUUUGAAACAACAUUUUGAAUUAUAGGCCACAAUAGCCAAAUUGGAAAAAUAUUUACAAGUCAAGCCAUGUUUCAAUCUCAUACAUUUAGGCUUAAAAUUUGAAAUUGUCCUUGAAUUCACUUUGACAGUCCGAUGCGUGUUUGUUUGGCUGUAGCUCUGGCAGGCUGAAGAUUAUUGGUAAUGUAGUCAACAAAAUCAAGUGAGGAGGUUUAGGUUCAUAACCUGCUCAUUGGAAAUUGUUAAAUACUUCCUUUGUAGCUCGAUUAUCUCUUUGAUAUAAUUACUCCGAGGUCUGGAGAAAUUGUUAUAUAAUUGCACAUGUAAAUUAAAUAAUCAAAGUGGAAGUGAAUUUUAAAAUUUAUGGAAAAGGCAUUUUUUAUAUAGAAGCCUUCUAGAGUGUCUCUUUUAUGUUGCCAUGGGAACAAAUCAGAUUAUGUUUGGGGUGCAUACGCUUUAGUGGUUCAUGUCUUCUGACAGAUAGAAGUUACUGAAGUUAAUGAACGUCCAGAAUAUCAUAACCAGGUUGUUCCAGUAUUUUCAAAAUGGAAUCCAUUUAGCCUUUUCCUGCUAUACUAAAACUUGUCAGUGUGGGAAUUAUGAGUUCUUGAAGAAAUGGAGAAAAAUCCCAUUAUUAUCAAGUAGUUUGACAAAGGAGGAAAAAUCGUAGUCUUGACUUGUGACACCUACUGCCAAGCAUCCCGAAGAUAUAUAGUGGAUCAUUACAUCUCUGUCCAAUACCUUGAGGACCUCACUAAAACCUUUUUGACAAUCUUGUUUUUAUUGGAGUUUAAGGUAGUUGUUACAUAACACAUAACAUAUACAGCUAACAAUAAGUUGUAGGCAAGUUGUGUGUCGCAAUUACCCUUACAUCAGCUUUAUAAUGAAACCCCCUCCCCCCGCCCCCCCUCACAUUGGUAUCUCUAUCUUCUGUAUUCUCUAUCUCCUAACUUUUGUCUUUUCCCCUUCUUUUCCCCAUCCCUCCCCUUCUUAACUAGUGUCUGGCUUGCAGUGUGUAGUUCUAGGUCCACUAUGUAUUCUUUUGUACGUAAUCCACUUUGAUCUCGUGUGUUAGUCUCAGUGUCUGGUCUUUCUUUGACCGUGGGUUAUAUCCUCCCCAUGUCCUGCUCGUCAAGCCAUGAGGCGUGUGCAACUGCCUAUGAAAGGUUGAUGCGGUCCCUGUGCCUAGCGUCCGCGCUGCUGUGGCAAGCAAGGCUUAAGAUGUAUGGGCUUUACUCUGCGGUGUGGGCAACCUAUAGUAAUUGCUAUACUUUAUCCUUCCUUGUGCAUUUUAGUUGCUAUUUUCUAGUUUGUGUCUCCGUCGAUAGUUUUAGGAUGUGUGGCUGCAGGUGGCCUUUAGCUAGUCUUUUGACAUCGGCUUGGUCAAGCUGUCUGGGCUUGUAUGUCGGGCAUGAGCACUAGUCUCAGUGUCCAGUGUAGUCUACCUAGAUGCAUUGGUUGACCGUCGAUGGCGGUUGUGUGAUUAUCGUGGUUCCUUGUGUCGUUGCGGAGUCGUCUUUCUGGCCGUUUGUGCUUCUUUCCCUAUUUGUCCGUGUGUUCCCCAAUGUUCGUUGGGGUGUGGAUUGUGUUGUCUAGAGUAAGUCCGCCCCCAUCCCUUCCCUCCUCCCCCCCGCUGCCACCAGGUCUCCCCCCGUAUUCGUCUGUGUUGCCGUUUCUGGCCCCCACCCCCAUGUGUCUCAGCCCCGACCCUACCUGCUUCCUAGUUCGUGUGACUUGGGCAUCCCUUGCCACCUUGGCCUCCCCCCCUCCCGCCCCCCCCUCUCCUUCCUCGGGGUGAACUUCCAGAGGUCGCUCUGGGUUUUGCGAGUUUUAUCUGUCCGUCUAUUAGUGGUUGAUUAGGGUGUCUGUGUUAGGCAUGUGUUGUGUGUUGUGUUCUUGUGGUCCAUGUCUUCUGACUCGUUGUUUCCACUGUUUUGAUGCGGUCUCGUGCUGCACGUCAAUUGUUCUGUCUGUUAUGUAGUUUAUGUGUGACUCCUGUCGUGUGUUGAGGGGGAGAGGGAACUAGGGCAGGGGGAAGAAGCAGCAGAUGCCCGUGAGUUUUCGUCACCGCGGCAGUCCGAUAAGGCUGCCCGCACCGCGACAGCCACGGUGCCCCCCCCCCCGCACCCCACUCCGCCUCGUCCUCUUAGCCAUAUAGUCCAUCCACGGAAACCAAGUUGUGGCGCAUAUUUCCGUACGUCCCUGCAGGGAGGCCGUCAUCAUUUCCAUGUUAUAUAUAUUUUCCACCCUGUCAACCCAUUGUUGGAAGGUAGGCGCCGUACGGCUUUUCCAGUGUGUCGGUAUUAGUGUUUUCGCAGCUGUGAGCAAGUGUAUGGUCAGGCCCUUUUUGUAUUUCAGCAGCGGUGUUUGCGUGUGAUUGAGCAGCAUCGUCAGGGGCUUCAGCGGAAGGUCUGCAUCAGUGAUUUCUCUAAUUGUUUGGUGGAUCUGCCGCCAGAAUGGCUCUAUAAGUGAACACGACCACCAGAUAUGAAGCCUCGUGUCCGGUUCUCUUCCACAUCUCCAGCAUUCCCCGGGUUUUGACUCGUGCACAUGGCGUAGGAUAUCUGGGGUCCUAUGCCAGCCAGUCAGUAUUUUAUAAUUACAUUCCUGAUAUUUGGAGCAUAUGCUUCCUCUGUGCGUCAAUUGGAAAAUCUUGUCGCAUUCGAUGUCCAUGAGUGUUGUUCCCGUCUCCUGCUCCCAGUGUUCCGUGAAGCCAAGGGGGGUCCUGCCUUCCUGCUGCUGAAGCAUGGCAUACAACGUUGAUACCCUGUGCAUGAGGUGCCGCCUAUCCAUGCAUGUCUGUUCCAGAGGUAGCAGCGGUCGGUGUAUGUGGUCUUUUCCCGGUAAGGAGGUGUAGUACGUUCGAAGUUGAUAAUAGCGGAAUUCAUCCAGUCUUGUCUGGCUAUGCUCUGGUACCAGUUCCUUUAGAGGUUUAAGUGUUGAGUCUGUGCACCAUUGCCGCAGGUAUGUCCAAUCCGACGCAGGGAAGUUCUUUAGGUCUGCAGAGUUAAGCCCUCUUGCCAUUCUUGGGUUGUUGGUUAUGGGGUAAGCGGGUUUGGUACCGUAGUGAGUUGUUUGGCGUAUCUAAUCUUACACCAUACUCGCAGUGUGGAGUCGAUCAUCGGGUUUCCUGUGCGUAUGUCUCCCAGAACUGUACCACCUAGCGACAGCAGGGAGGGGAACCGUCCCUGUGCCUGCUGCAUCUCCAUGUCAACCCACUGUUUGGUGGACGGCUUUGUGUGCCAGUCCACUAAUCGGCAGAGGUGGGUCGCCUGAUAGUAGGAGAGUACCGACGGAAGUCCUGUUCCUCCUGCGUUUUUCGGCCGCUCCAGGAUUGUCCUACGAAUACGUGCCUGUCCCUGGUUCCAGACAAAUUUCCGUAUGAUGGUUGCUAGGGAUUGGAAGAAUAACCGCGGGAUAGUCGUAGGCAGCGCCUGGAACAGGUAUAAGAUUUGUGGCAUAACGUUCAUCUUUAUAGCAUUAAUCCGCCCAAACCAUGAGAUGUACUGAGAUGUCCAUUUUUUCAGGUCCCUUUGUAGGAUCGUGAGGAGGGGUGUAAAGUUCAGGGGAUAUAUGUGCUUGAGCUCGUUUGGUAACCAGAUUCCCAGAUACCUGAGUUUUGACUGGCAUAGCCUGAACGGGAAGUGCAUUUGGAGGUGUUGCAACAUGGCGUUGCCCGGGGCCAACGGCAUCGCUUCUGAUUUAUCCAAGUUGAGUGCAAGGUUGGAGACUGCGGAGUACUCCUUGAAUGCUUCCAGCAGGUUCGGGUUUUGAUACCCGUGGUUGAUCCAGGAAAAAGACCAUGUCGUCCGCAUAAGCCGCUACUCGAUGUUCUCCCUGGCCUACACGGAACCCCGUAAUACCCCCGUCUGACCGCCUCCAGAAAGGGUUCUAGAGUGAGGGCAAACAGAAGGGGGGACAGGGGACAGCCCUGCCUCGUGCCAUUGUACCAUAAACGGUUCGGUGAUGUUGUCCGAACCCCAUGUGCCGCAUAGAUUCCAUAAGAAACGUCCAGUCCACGCAGACAAACGCCUUUUUUGGCGUCCGUGGAAAGGAGCACCAGAUCUCGCUUGUUGGCCUUCGCCACGUGGAUCACAUUUAGGGCUCGGAUUGUAUUAUCCUUCUUUUUGUAUUGUAUUAGCCUCUCUUCCUGGAAUAAAACCGACCUGGUCGGGGUGGAUGAGGUUGGGCGCCACCCGGGCGACCCUUAGCGCCAUGGCCUUGGCAAAUACUUUCAGAUCGGCAUUCAAUAACGAUAUUGGCCUGUAACUCGCGCAAUUUGUGGGAUCCUUACCCUCUUUUGGAAUGAGUGCAACGGUUGCUCUCAGUAUGUCUGUAGGAAACUGUCCUUACGUACGCAACGAGUUGAAGCCCUCCAAGAGUCUCGGCAGAAGGAUGUCCUUGAACGUGCGUAAGUACGUUACUAUCAGACCAUCCGGGCCAAGUGCCCUGUGGGGUUUUGCCACUUUCAGUGCCCCCGCUAGCUCCUCAAGUGUCAGGGGUUGGUCCAGUUCGGCUUCUUGUUCCGGAGUCAGCUUGCGGGCGACAUGUCUGCCCAGGUAGGCGGCAACUCGUUCCUGGUGACGUCGUGUCUUGGAGUCCGAUCGGUUUCUUGUUUGAUCAUAUAGUGCCGCGUAAUAUUUGUGGAAUGCGUUCAGGAUGCCUUCGGGGAGGUGAGUGACUGUUUGCCCCUGUGUGCGAAUCUUAUGUAUAUGUCGCGCCCUUCGCUUCUCCUGGAGCAUUUUCGCGAGCAUUUUGCCGCAUUUGUUAGAAUGCUCGUAAAAGAACCUAGUUGUUUUUCGCGCAGUUUGGAGCUGGCCCUGGGCGAGUAUAGCGCGGAGCUCUCUACGUGUCUCCAUUAGGAGGAAGUAGGUCUGGUCGUCCAGCGUGCGUUUAUGUUCUUGCUCCAGUUCCACCACACGUCUGGACAGACGAACUAUGCGUGCAGUGCGCUCUCUUUUGCGCUUGGCGCUGAUGGCUAUGAGGUGUCCCCGGAUGACACACUUAUGUGCCUCCCAGAGCGUUAGUAGUGCAACUUCCGUUGAGCUAUUGGUCGUGAAAUAGUCGGUCAAAUUUUAUGUUACCGUGGUAGUCAGGGCGGGAUCAUCUAGGAGGGUCUCGUUUAGUCUCCAUUGCCUUUCCGUGGGUUUGAAUAGUGGGGCACUCGUGUGUGCUAUCAUCGGUGCGUGGUCAGAUUGUUCUAUGCUCCCUAUCUCCGAGCCCUGCAAUACCGACAGAUAUUCUUGUGCGAGGAAUAUGUAGUCUAUUCGGCUGUAAUGUGCACGGACGGUCGAGUAAUUAGUGUAGUCUCUGUCUUCAGGAUGACUCGCCCUCCAGCAAUCCACCAAUCCCGUUUUAUGCAGUGAGCGUAACGUUGCCUGUAGGCAGUGUGCGGGGAUCAGGCGAAGCCCCUGGAAGUGUCCAGGCGUGGGUCCAGUGGAAGAUUUAGGUCUCCCGCUACCACCAGCAGUCCCUCCCUCACUAAAACCUUUUUGGUCACUAUUCUAAAAUGUGUUUAUUAAGGUAUAACAUAAGGAUUUAUUAGUGAAAGAGAGAAAAACAUUCACCAUCAAGUUAAACCCCAAAGUGUUUUAUUACCACAUACCACCAGUGACGUACUAAGUGGGCUGCUGGGGGAGAGGAGGGAGUGGUCCGCCCCUGGUGCCACCAGGUAGGGGGUGCCAUGAUCCUGGUCUGGGUGUUGGAGGGGUAUGUGUGAGCUGUGCCUGAUGGCAGCUGCGGUGCCUGAUGACCAGCACAGCUCACACACGCAGAGACCAGCAAUAACCAGCUGAACAGGCCGCACGGAAGGAAAGUUGGGGUGAAGCUAAGAAAAGUUGGGGGUGGAGCCAAACCGGCAGCAGGGUGGUUCUUACCUCGGCCCUUACCUACUGCUGUUACUGCUGCACAUGGAGUUGCAGCAAGGAGGAAUACCUGCUUUUCCAACUAACAGGCUCCAAGGAAGGACUUCAGUGAAUCCACACCUCCUCCAGCCCACUGUCUGUAAGUAAGAGGUUGUGUGUGUGACUGCCUGCCUGUAAAUGUGUGUGUGUGUGUGUGUGUGUGUGUUAGACUGUCUACUUGCCUGUAACUGUGUGUAUGUGUGAGACUGUCUGCCUGCAUGUAACUGUGUGUUUGUGUGUGUGUAAAUGUCUGCCAGUAACCGUGUGUGUGGCAGACUGUCUGCCUGCCUGUGUGUGUGUGUGAGACUACCUGUGACUGUGUGUGACUGUCUGCCUGUGACUGUGUGUGACUGUCUGCCUGUGAGUGUGUGUGACUGUAACUGUGUGUGACUGUAUAUGUGAUUGUCUGGCUACGACUGUGUUUGACUACCAGUAACUUACUGUGUGUGUAACUGUCUGCCUAUAACUUUGUGUGUGACUGUCUGCAUGGGACUAUGUGUGUGUGACUGUCUGCAUGUGACUGUUAGAUGUUGCCUGUAACCAUGUGUGUGACUGUCUGUGACUGUCUACCUGUAACUGUGUGUGACUGUAACUAUGUGUGUGUUACUGUCUGCCUGUGACCGUGUGUGUGUGACUGUAUGUGUGACUGUCUGCCUGUAACUGUGUGCGUGACUGCCUGGCUAUAACUGUGUAUGACUGCUUGGAACUGUGUGUGUAACUGUCUGCCUGUAACUGUGUGUGUCACUGCCUGUGACUGUAUGUGUGACUGUCUGCAUGUGUCACGUAUUCAUCCGCUUAUAAAAAUGUGCUUAAUGACAUUUACUGUCCACACAGGAAAAGUUGUGCCGAGCAGCAACCUAAUCCACAGAAGGGUUAAUGCUGAGCAGCAAUUAUGCAAAUGAAACCUGGUAACUGACUUUGGGGUCAAAGGCCGGUUACAGCCUAUCAGAUCUAGAGGAGCGGUAUUUAGGCCCAGUUCUCAUCCUGCUCAGUGCCCUGUUGUGGUUUCCCUUGUGGUUGUCUGAGAGCGCGUUCCUGUUUAGUUUUCUACCUGGUUUUUGACUUUGGCUUUGUUUAUUGACUUCUCUAUAUUCUGGUAUCCUGACUCCUGGCUUUCCUCAUCGUUGCAUCCCUUUCUGUGUUCCCUGACCUCGGCUAGUAUUUUUGACUAUUCUAUGUACGUUAAAUCCAGCUAUUCUAAGGACCGGUAAUACGUUACUUAUUUGUCAUCCGUGCUAUACAGUUCUACGUGCUGGAUCAAACAGUAAUCCUGACAGCAUGUGACUGUGUGCGUGUGACUUUCUGCCUGUAACUGUGUGUGUGACUGUAUGCCUGUAACUGUGUGUGUGGGGUGCAGGGGUUUGUAGGAGAGGGGCAGGACAGGGGUUUUGUAGAAGGAACUGAUAGGGGUUUUACAAAGUUUACAAAUUGUGCAAUACAUAAAAAAAAAAGAAAACGUAAAAAAAAAUUAAGGUUUAUUUAUUUUUAUUUUUUUGUGGAGGGGGGGAUGACAAACAGAUGACCCGCCCCGGGUGGCAAAUGCUCUAGGUGCACCCCUGACUGCAAGACAAUUUCAUUUGGAUUUUAUUGGAUGUAUCUUUCCUUCAUGUUUGCAAUCCCCAAAUCAAAUGGUCUUGAAUAACUUAGCAAUUACUUGGUACAGUGUUUUAGCUUUCUUGAGCCAUUAUAUCGCAAUUUGUCAAUUGUUCUGAAUUUGUUAUGUGUCACAACUUUUUAGAUUUCGAAGGGUCUUACUACCAUCAGAGAUGUGGCAUUGGUGGUCUCUACAAGGGUUGGUGGGAGUGGUACCCCAUCUUUAAUGUUGGUAACCCAUUUCAAAAUGUACUAUUACUUGUGUUACCUUGUCAACCUGCUACUAAUGUGGUUCAAAGUUUUCCAAUAUAUUAACGCAUUUAUAAACUAAUUAAACAACAAUAAUUGGAAUUUAAAGUUCAUGACAAAUAUCAUUAUCUCAUUUCUGAAUCUUAACCUAAUUAGUUCCAAAAUGUCAUACAUACAGAAAAAAAUCUGAAAAAUAUGCAGGCAGUUCUAUUUUGCAUGCAUAAAGUUGUCAUCCAUUUAUGCACAAAUUGCUUUGACUUUAUAACUUUUGAAAAUCAUGCCCAGGACUUAAAAACAUCAAUUAAAACAACUGAGUUAUUCUCCUGAAUGUAUUAACAAAGCAUAUCCUAUAGCUAAAAGUAAGAAUAGAACAGAUCUGAUAAAGGAUGACAAACAUUCACUUAAAUGUAGAAAUCAAUGAAGUGAAAACAAAUCCCCCGUCUUUGUAACUGAAUGCAGCAGGGAGUUUAAAGAGAUCACAAAAAAAUCAUUACAGAACACUCUUCACAGUUCUCACGUUGAAUCCCUUCGAUGCGGAAAUAUUGCAGAAUAAUGUCCAGUGUAUUUUCAGGAAAAUUAAAGCAUUGGGCUCAAGACUGUUACCAAGCCAUUUUUUGGAUAUUGACAGAGACUUGGCUCGAGUAUGUGGGAAUGUCUCAUUGUGGAUCCAGGAAAUCUUGAGUACAAAAUGAGUAAAAAAUUUGUCUCAGUCAGAUCCUAUAUAAAUUGUAAUUUAGCAUGUGUAAUGUAUUUCAGAACCUUUAAACUCUGUAAGAACCAAUAUGUGGCCUUCAAUUUAUGAACCUUGAAGGAGAAGAUAAGAGAACAUCACAUGGACACGAGUACGAUCUCCACUAUUUGUAUCCACAAGCAUUUUAGUAAAUGUUUAGGUAGUUUUAAGUUUUCCUUUCAGGUGAUUAAAAACAAAUGAACAUUCAUCUAUGUAAAGAAAACCAAAAAUGUGUUACUAACGCAAAGUCUGUAUCUUUACAAUUCAGACCGAGUAACUAAAGGAUGUUAGUUAUGAGCAGGACCUUAAAGGACCACUCUAGGCACCCAGCUCACUUCAGCUAGGGUUAACCCAUUUUUUUAUAAACAUAGCAGUUUCAGAGAAACUGCUAUGUUUACAAAUGGGUUAAUCCUUCCUCCAAUUCGUCUAGCGGCUGUCUCAUUGACAACCGCUAGAGGCGCUUGCGUGAUUCUCACUGUGAAAAUCACAGUGAGAGCACGCAAGCGUCCAUAGGAAAGCAUUUUAAAUGCUUUCCUAUGCGACCGGCUGGAUGCGCGCGCAGCUCUUGCCGCGCAUGCGCAUUCAGCCGAAUGGGAGGAACGGAGGAGGAUCGGAGGAGGAGAGCUCCCCGCCCAGCGCUGGAAAAAGGUAAGUUUUUACCCCUUUCCUCUCCCCAGAGCCGGGCGGGAGGGUGUUUUAGAUUAUUUCUACCACUUCGUCUUUAUUAUUAUUUUUUUUUAAUUGUUCUUUUUUUCUAUAAUGUCUAAGUCAGAAAAUGUUGAGAUUUUGUAUAACAGGGCUAUAUUGGUCUAAAGUUUGCAAUUUGGUCACCAAUGCACAAUGGCUCACUAUUAGUAUACUAUAUAGUCAACAGAAUUAUCUAGGAUUAUAAUCAGUCCUCAUCUUUUCAACAAACGUCAUGUAAAGCAGAACAACAACAACUUUUAGUAGGCUGUAAGCUUUCAUUAACAUAUCAUACUUUGCGAAUUUGUGAUGGUCAUAGCCCUUCAGCUUAAAAGUCAUUCGUAUGUUUUAUUCUUGAUUUAUUUUAUUUUCCUCUUGUAUAAAUUACUGUGUUCACUGAAUUUUUUACACACAACAGUUGGUCAGUGUAACCAUCUGAAUGACGGACAGCAUCUUGAGAAGCACUGUGGAUCUGCGCUCAAUGCAUUUAAAUUUCAGCUUUGCAGGGAAGAAAGACCAGAGUGUGUCCUCCGCCCCCACCCCGAUAUAUUAUUGAUAUGGUCACCGGCAGGGGAAAUUCAGCCUUAGUUAGUACUUACUACUGAGUGCUCUUUGAACCUUCCAGGCUUGCAGUGAGAAGCAAUUCAUUUUUUAAUUUUGAGCCCUGGUUAUGGCAAAACAGCUUUGCAUAGAUUAAUAUGUGCUACAAUGUAUCAAUAGUGAUAUUUUCCUGCUAGUUCCCAAUGUUUGUUUCUGAUAUCAUUAAAAUCUUGCCCCCUUAGACCGUGUGCUGCUAGAAAAUUCCCUACAUAUUUAGCCUUAAUACACACAGCCUUGCCAUAAAAUUGGCAGGACAUUAAUUUUGAAACAGGAUCUUGAAUUGACUGGUUUGUUAUGAGUGGACCUUAUGGGGUUAAGUAUAUUUCAAAAGCAUGUCCUAAUUAAAAGCCUCUGGUGAAUUUGUGACCCACUGUGAAAUGUUCUGGGAUUAAAUUGUAAAACAAACACUAAUCCCUUGUUUAAAUUAAAUAUAGAUUAUGGUCUAGAAGGCAGAUGUUAACAUUAAAAUCCCUGCAUAAAAACUGCCAUUUUAACUAAUACCAUGAAAAGUUGGGGUGGGCGGUGGGGGGCAGAGGACGUGAAAAUCUAAAUGCUCCUCUUGAAGCCUUCAGAAAAUAAUUCGGAACUAGCACUCUGCUUUAUGGCUGUUUUCCAGGAUGUUUGUGACGAAGCAAGAUUUUAAUCUGUUUUUUUUUGGGGGGGGAAAUAACAUUUUUAUGAAAAUAACAUUUAUUGCACUCGAUAAAAAAGAAAUCUGUUGAACGUAAGGGGAAAACACAAAGCAGGAAUACCAUUUUAUGUCACGAACAGAAGGGUAAACAUAUUAUGGAAGACCCUUGAGUAUGUGACUCAUGUUUUUCCUGCAGAAUGUGAGCCUGGAAGGCAAACAACAGGAAAAUAUCAAGGUGCAAGUUCUAGGCUGAUAAUCUGUGCGAUGACUCAAAACGCUGGGAGCAUUAAAGCAGAAAAUUGAUAAUAUACUUACCAUUUUUUUCCUGGCUAAACAUGGCAGUAUCGCUUUUGAGUAGCUAUUCAAUGUGGCCUGAGAAACAGGAAAGAUUCAUUAAACAAUGAAACAAUUAAAAACUAAUAAAAUCCCCCUCCUCUCUGAGCUCCCAAGUCUGGUUAGUAAGCUGCAUAGAAUCAAACCAGAAGGGAGUGUGCGUGAUGAUGUCAUGUAACAUAGCCAGGAAAAGAAAAAUUUGGUAAGUAUGUCAUCAAUUUUCUGCUUUCUUUUUUAAACAUGGAAGCAUCAAUUAUGGGUACUACCCAAGCUCCACUGAAGGAAAGAGAUUUCUAUGAAAAAACAAACUUAAUAAGUCACGAAGGACCACUGAGAGAAGAAUACUUCUAACAAAAUGAAUAUGGCCUGAGGAAGCAAGGUCACGUUUGUGGAAACCGGCUUACUCUUCCCGUGACAUUGAUGGUGCUUAGAGGGACAUGCAUCACUUGACAAUUAUUUUUGAAAACCUGCAAGCAAACAAUUUAAAACAAAUAUACAAACCAAAGUAAAGACAGAAAAACUUUGGAAUGUAUGUAAUAAACGUUUAUAAAUUUGGUCAGAUUGCAUUGUUGGACACACCUCUCAGCUAGGGGAGGCUCUUCAGCCUACCCCCUCACCCUUUUACUCACCGUUACAGUUUCAGAUCAGUUCACUACUGACAGAAUCUGGGCUCCAUUAUGCAGCAGCAAGAGAGAGAAACCCGAAACCAGAGACUGCUCUGCAUGAAUCACACUGAUCAGACUGUCAGGAUGUUGGUGAAGAGAUUGUGUCAAUCUGUCAGCCAAGGCCAAUACACUUUUCCAGCAGUCCUAGGGAUAGGACACUGAUUGGUUCGCUCAGUGUCCAUCCUGGAGGUGUGGAAAGCAUAAGAAUGAAGAAUCAGGUAAAUCUAAAAAAUUUUUUAUCAUAUUUACCUUCUUUUUUCAGCCUGCAGCCUGAGGUGACUGUCUCAUUCAAAGCUAAAGCUUUUGAAUGAGAUAGAUGUUUUAAGAAGAUGCAUAUCCCUUUAAACUUAUCUUUAUUAUACCCAGUAAAAUGUAAAAUAAUGUAGAAAAAUUUACCUACCGGCUGUGCAAUAUUAUAUAUUGGAAGUCCAGGGGCUUAAUGACCUUAUACACUUUAUGCAUGUUUUACUCUUAAAGGGUUACUAUAAGCAACAUGACCAAUUUAUUAAUUUGAAGUGAUCAUAGUGCCUGAAGUCUCCACCUCCGGCAGCAUCAUUAGCCAGCUCAGAGUAAAGUUCUCAGCUGGCUAAUAUCAAUUCUGUGCAAAAUUGGCUUCUGAUGCCAGAAUGCACAGAAUGCUGCCGCCAGACAGCCAGUGGCACAAUGGAAUGACCCUAACUGUGCUGCAUCUGUCCUUCCAUCAGUACAUCCUCCCUCACUAUCCUCCACUAUGAGGGAAGUUAUGUUAACCAAGAAAGAUCUGUCUGAGAGGAGCUUGGGCUUUGCAAUGGAUUGCAGGUGAGUUUUAGCAUGUUUUUUUUUCCUAUGGGGGGUCAGACCACCUGAUUAACCAAAACCAGUGUUCAUUGUUAUGAAAACAGUGUUUUUUUGGUUGGAUGAACCCUUUAAUAAAAAGCAUUGGUUGGAUGCCCCUCAUCCUGAUAGUAGUUGGGUGUGGGCAUUAGCACAAAUGUAGUAAUAUAAAAAAAUAUAUACUUACCAUCUUCUUCGAAUUCAUCUUCUCAUCAGCCCAUAAAAAAAGGUUAAAAAAAAAAUCCAUAAUAGCACAACGCAACUAUUGAAAAGAAGAUUCGCAAGAAACUUGAUGAGAGAAAAACAAAUACCUGAUGCAACAAAAACUAGAUCGAUCUUGGCCCCGCAAGGACUGUGCGCAAAAUGAGCUUCAAGGUGUGAGAAGCCCAUCUAAAGACUGAAGCUCAUUCUGUGCAGAGCCCUUGAGAAUAUCUAUUUUUGUUGCACCAAACCCCGUUAUAUUAUAUUUAGAGCCUCCACUCACCACCUAUGUUUAAAACAGCCGUUUCUAUUAAUAAGGGACGGAGGGGACAUAUUGUUUUUUGUAACUUUAAUAUGGUAGCUGACUAGCAAGCACUGAUGAGCUGGCACAUAAUUAACCUUAGCACCAUUGAGGUCUUUUUUAAAAAAACUAUUUGCCCUCCUGGCUGCUAGCAGUUGAAGCAAGCAAAUAGUACUUUUACAAAAAGCAAGUGAGCGAUAAUUUGUGAAUGUGCAUCCUGCCAGAUGCAUUCUGUCACAAAUUUUUUUUUUUUAAUAAUUGAUUUAUUAAUAUUCAGUAUCCUAUAUUUGUAUAGGGUUUGAAUGCUAAAGCAUCUAUACAUGGAUUGCACCCAGCUGAUGCAGAUUCAGUCGGGCUGGUCGAGUUCCGAACAGUCAAAUUUGGACAUUUUCAUCAGAUUUUGUCUGGGUGGUUAAUUUUUCUCUAGAUAAUUAAUAAAGUGUUUAGUGAAAUAUCUUGUAAGUGACUCAUGCAAGUCAAAUUUGGCCACCAAUUAAAUGCCUUAAAUUUGUUAGACAUUAGGGGUUGUAUGAAUUGUUUGUAGAGCUGUCUAGGGAUAAAUUGGUUAUAUUAUUCCUUAAUUAUAUCUGAUGAUACUUUAGGCUUGUGGAGAACAGGGUGACAUUUAAUCUUGUAUGCAAUUAUCUUUAUUCAUGAUCAGACGCAGUCUCAGUUCCGGCCUUGCUGAGCGAGAACACACAGCUCUCAGUGAAUAUAAACAUGUUAUAUCUUCUGUGUAGACGUAUUCUAGUAUGCAUGAUAGCCAUAAUCAGUAUGGUUUCUAUAGCACUACUUGAUAGAGAACCACGAGAUUAGGCUUACAUAGUACUAAUUGGCUUUGGAAAUAGAAAUUACUAUUUAUGUUAGGAAACAAGGCCCCCUCUUGUAUUAGUAACAUAUACUUGGUUUGAAAAUAAACAGUAGAAUAUUUUUUAUACAUUUAUUAAUGCGCAACAUGUAGUUAUGCCUCCCAGUGUAUACAGAGACCAUCGGUUCAAGAAAUAGGUUGCGGUAAAUUUGAGAUAAUUAUAUUGAUUUGCAUUCAAAGAAAAUUAAGCGUUCUCUUAUAUAAAUGAAAUGUUUUGGUUACUGAAGUAAUGUGGGGGUUGUACUGUGCGAGGCCUGAAAACCCUGCAGCUUUUGUCAUUUGUUUCUGCUGAUAAUGUGUUAUCGACGUGUGGCUCAGUUUUACAGCCUUAAAACCACUCAAUAAUAGUGUUGCAUCAGAAAAAAAAAAAGUUUCUUUCUUCUUCUACCUGCUUAUAGUAUAAAAAAACUCAAUGAUUGUUAUCCAAUCCAUGGAGCCCAUGGAGGGGCAUACGGAUUCUCUUUCUGGUUUCAUGCUGAGCCGAAAAAUAGGUAGAGAAUCCUACGGGAGGAAAAACUGGCAUUGACCAACGAGUCUGUUAGAUGGACCUAGUUUUGGGAGCUGCACAGAAAAGGAUGGCCCACUGAAAAUGGCUGAAACAGUAACUCCAAAGGAGGGCAGUAUGAAUUGGUCAGAUAAAUUAUUUCUAAAUAUGCAAUGGAGCAUAAUAUCUGGCACUCCUUAUAAUCUGUAGGGGUCAGUGUUAGUCCUGGGUACAGUUUUAAAUUGAUCCAUCUAAGUGAUCCGCCUUGAUAAGUGUUGGAUUAUGGGCAUGCAUAAUGGAAAGAAUACAAUAGAUCAUUAACUGUUAAACCAGAGUAAAAUGUGAGACCCCAGCGUUCCAUGUGAGAUACUAUGUAUGGAGCACAGUACAGAAAGAAUCAGGACUAGCUUUCAGUCUUGGACUUUUAUUGAUAUGGGGCUUUACAGGCACAUCUCCUCCAACUCAACCCUAAACCUCUAUAUAACCCACUCUGCUUUCUUUCCUGAACUGUGUCAUCUAAAAAACUAAAACUUGAUUGUAAACCUUAUUUUCUCAUACAUUAAAUACAUGUUAUUUUACCCUACUCCUGAUAGAAUGUAUGGACAGAACCCUCGGCACCUUCUGCUCCUGUACGUCCAACUUGUUGUUUUGCAACUACUUGCUUAUUAGUCCAUUUAUUGUACAUUGCUGUGGUAUAUGUUGGCGCUUUGUAAAUAAUAGUAAGAAUCAUAAUGGUGGCUCUCUUUCCCGUAAGGCUAAUUUGCAUACCAAGGAUGCCAGUCCCAUCUCCUCCCUCUAGGCCUGAACUCCCGUCUGGUGUAUUAACAGACGCUGGGUGCUGCUAAACAGGGCCAUUAUAUAGCUCUGCUUUAAUGGAGACAAGGACGUGCGUGCGGCAUCAUGCAGAUGUAACACACACGUUUUGAUGUCACAUGACUGUUUAUAUUAGUGCAGUGUCCUGUCGUAGUUUACCUUGUUGUUAUCUAAGAGUGCGUUACAUUGAUGAAUUCUUUGUAUUUUUACCCCGUUUUGUACCUUAACUGUUCUACCUUCUGCAUUCCUUGAUAUCUGGCUUGUCUUACCAUUUACAUACGCUCUGUCUCCCUGACAUGGCCUAUUCUGUUCUAUUCUAUGUAUUACCAUUAAGUCCGGCCAUUCUACAGUCCAGUAAUAUGCUUUAGUAUGCUGAUAAUAUUUUAUUUUUUUGUUAACUUACAUUGGGUAUUAGUUAAAUCCUGACACUAAUUAAUAAACACGAAUAGAAGGGAUGUGUUCUAGAAAUAGAACUAUAUAAGCAGAGGUCAAAGUGUAUGGUCGUCCUGCUAGGUAUAAAUUCACCCCUCCUGAAUGUGCAAUGAACCUCCAGGCUUACAGUCGUCAGUAACUUUUAAGACCUGCCCAUUAGUUUAGGAUUUAAAAUUUGAAACAUAUAUCUCUGUUCUAUAUCAAGCACAUCAGGAAACAUAAAAAAAUUGAACAAACAGUAUGUUACAUUCAAGCCGCUGGCGGAACUACCACAGUCACAGGGGUCGCAGCUGCGACCAGGCCCAACAUUCCAGGGGGCCCAGCCGCUCUGUAGACCCCUGCGACUGAGGUGCCCGCGGAAAAAACGCUGGGGCCACAUUGAAGGAGCCCAUCAGGUUGCCCAUGCUCCUGGGGCCACUCGAUGGCAAUGGAUUUCCUGGGACCCGGUCAGCGCUGCAGCGCUUUAGGAGCGCGACUGGGCCCCAGUGAUGAUGUCAGAGCUGGGAGGAAGCCGCGCAGGAGGAGAGGAGGGAGUCAGAGUGGGAGCUCUGACUCCCAUCAGUUUUUAACAGUUUGUGUGUGUGAUAGAGAAUGUCUGUAUCAGUAUAUCUAUGUGUGUAUCUGUUUGUCUGUAUUUACGUGUUACUGUGUGUAUGUGUGUGUCUGUAUGUAUGUGUCUCUGUGUGUGUCUGUAUGUGUGUGUGUGUCUACAUGUCUGUGUGUAUGUAUGUAUGUGUGUGUGUGUCUGUAUGUAUGGGUCUCUGUGUGUAUGUGUGUGUGUUUGUAUGUAUAUAUAUAUAUGCGUGUCUGUAUGUAUGUAUUUGUGUGUAUGUAUGUGUGUUUGUGUGUAUGUGUGUGUCAACAUGUAUGUGUGUCUGUGUGUGUGUCGGCGUAUCUGUUUGUCUGCAUGUGUGUGGGGGGGGUGUGGACGUAUGGGAUUGGGAGUAGAUGUAUGGGGGUGGGGACGUAUGUGGUUGGGGGGGUAGAUGUAUGGGAGGGGCCCCAGGGCAAUUUUUGCACCGGGGCCUUGUGGUUUCUUAUUACGCCUCUGAUUCAAGCACAUUACUGUUUCCAUGUCUAGAUUUCUUUUUUAUGUUUUGGAAGGAUUCCAGAAGUAAUGGAUGAACACAUUACCAGCUGCUUGGCAUCAACCUGCCUUUUCUGAAUCCACGAGAGUGCUUCAGUGUGAAUGAGAAAUACAUUUGCACAUACACAUUAACAUUUCUCUGCUCUCAGAUGGAGCAAACGUAUUGUUUAUUAAACCACCACUACUGCAUUUCACUCUACUUUAAACAUAGUUCAAGGCUGUUACUGGCCUCUAGAACGAAAUCUGAUGGAGGUUUAGUAGACAAAAAAUCCCCAGCCAACUUCUACUCAAAUAACCUAUUACUUGCUUAAAAUAAAAAUGUGCAAAAACAAAAAGAGGAUUUAAUCAGGGAAGCCUUUUUUAAUCAACCAGAUGGUGAUUAAAUAGCGAAAAAUAAUAUAUUAUUUUGCUAGUUAAAUAUUCAAAUAUGGGAAUAUGACUCCAUCCUGUUGAUUACAUUUUCCCAGAGUUCGUGACUGUUACAAGGUACGCUUUCUCGGUUCUCUUGUUGCACACUGUUCAGUUUGCAGUCAUAUCAAAUAAGUAUUUGACUUAUGCGUAAUGGCAGCCUUAAGCUUAGAAUGUAGAGAGGACACCAUUACGUUAAUAACGAUGUACAAAAUAAAUUAUGGAAUAUUCAAUCACGAAGGGGAACUAAUAGAUUCUGUGGAUAUCCAUAUAUGAAUACAGACAGCGAUUAUUCUUCAUUGAGUCUGAACUUUUAUUCUUAAUAAUGUGAAAAAAAAUGAAAUUCCAGCCAAGGCACGUAUUGAAUGAGAGGAGGAGAAAUAGACACAUUGUGUCUGUUUCUCGUCUUGUACAUUCUUUGACCGAACAGGGCAGAGUGUAUAACAAAAACUGAUCCAAACAAAGGAGCCAAGGUGAAGGCAAUCCGUUUUAGGACAGAGGUAAAUGCAAAGUUGGGGAUUUUACUUUUAUUUAUUUUUUUCAGAUUUUACAAAUAUAUUUUUGUUUAUAAUAUAGGUGACAUUUUAACAUAUUAUUACAAAUCAUUAGUAGGGAGCAUUCCCCAAACUAUCUCUAAUGAGUUUUUUGGAAAAAUUAGUUUUCUCCAAAAAUAUGAAUUUAUCAUUUUGCAGAAAUAAUAAUUCAAAAAGGGAACAGAAUAUUCAUUAAGCAUUAAAGAUAAUCUGUAUUUUCCCAGAUGUGAAAGUUCUUCUUGCCCUCAUCCCAGUGAAUGCUACUUCAACGGUUACUAGGGUGUAGAGAGCAGUGGCACUAACGAAAAAACAUACUUACCUCAGUGGCACUUCUGUGGUCUGGGCACCGUCACCAACCCAUAAUGCCUCGGGUGUGUUUAUACGCAUUGGGACAUCUAAUGGAUAAAUUGUGUUCAUGUGCAUGAUCACCAGACUUUUUGUCCACCAUGCUUUCUCCUGGCGUACAGCACUGCAGUAGUUAACUCAUUUGCAUAUUUAGCCUGGUGUUGUGUGGCAAAACAUGCAAAUUAGAAUAAAAAGAUUCAGGAUUUAAAUGUUUCUCAACAAAAAUGUUUCAAUCCUAAUGUUAGCUCGUUGCUCUAAAAUUUUAAAAGGCACAGUUCCUCUUUAAGGCUGGCAUACCAUCAGUGGAGUUAUUUUCUACAAUAAUUGGGAGGUCUAUGUAUUGGUCAUCCCUGGUCUAAGUGGUAUUAGAAGUGAAAGUAGCUGUUAUUUUAUACUCUAUAUAAAUUUUCAUGUGUUUUAUGGACUAUAAGAAGGGUACCAGUUAUUUGACCAAAUAAUACAGUGAUGAGAUUUGCAUACUUACCAAAUGGGAGGUAUGAAACUGGUGUGAUGGGGGGUAGGCCUACAGUGGGUAUGCCAGUAACAAGACUUGCUUCACUGAGGAUGCCAAAUAUGGCCGGUCCACCUGAAAAGAGGACAGGGCCAUCCAAAACCCGAGCAUGCCAGACUGGUUUGCAUUCCGCAAAACACCAGAGACUAAACUCAGGAUGGCGGGAUAAGAAUGUCCCACCAAAUAUGGUAAGCAUGGAUUAAUGGAUAAUUUUCCUAUACUAAUUGUCCUGACGUGAUAAACAUGUACUGAGCUUAUCAAGGACCCAAAAACUAGAACUGCUGUGUUAUUUUUAGCUGUUAAUGGAAACAUUUGAUAUUCAGUACUCAGUGGUGAUUAAUUAACUAAGAAUUUUAAUGAACAAACUACAAGCGCUGAAUAAACAAAACUUCGAUUAAUCUUAUUAAAGUGUGUUAAAAAUUAAAAAAAAAUAUUAUUCCAAUGAAUAUCUAAGAUCACAUAGGAAAGAUUAUUUGUCCCUGCCAGGCAAUCGCAAAAAAAAAUAUUUAUUCAUGAAAUGCUGAUGUGUACAGAUUUAUUUUCGGAUAAAGUUACCUUAAUUGCAACCAUUGGUUAAUGUAAUGCAUCACAAACGCCAAAGAGCAGAUUCACUUAGGGAUAAAAAGUUGAAGACAUGAAUUAUUCCCUUUGACGGUGGAUUAAACAUGAAUAAAUAGCAAAACUAUACUAAACUAUACUCACUGCCUGGAAUUGUUGAGAUUUGUUUUUCAAUUCACCACACUGUGUUGGAUAAUGACUAAAAUGUAUCUGUGUUUUUCCUCACAUUAUAAUAUUCCCUAGAGAAUAGGGGAGUCUUUUGAAGGAGCGCUAUUUAGGUCAACCAUCUGUCCUCACAAUCCCUUCCAGAGUGUGUGUCAAAGAGCGGUUGUAAAACUUAAAAUCUGGCACUGAUAUAUGAAGACAUUUUUUGGCUGCCAAAGCAUGACUUCUGUUGUGUCUAGGAACCACGUAUACACAAUUAACUUGCUAAAUACAUCACUUACAUGAAAUACAUAUUUAAUUCCCCCCCCCCACCCCCAUACAUACUUGCUUAUAAAAUUAUAUACACACACACACGUAAAUAAAUUACUAGAAAUUCACACCCAUCACAAACACAUGUAUUUAAUGACAAAAUCUCACACGUACUCACAGGCAACCACUCAAAUUUACACUAAUUAAUUACAGGCAUACCCCAUUUUUAAGUACACAAUGGGACCAGAGCAUGUAUGUAAAAUGAAAAUGUACUUAAAGUGAAGCAAUACGUUUUUUACACUUCCCAAUGCAUGUCCAGCAUUGCAAUAGUAAUUUACAGGCAUAACUGAUACUGCAGCUGCAGAUUUCCAGUGAUGUUAUUACCAGUGAUUUAUUUAGUGAUUUCCAGUGGGCUUUUAUUCAGUUAAAACAAACAGUAGAAAAAAAUAGAAAAUAAAAAUCUCAUUCCAGAUUGUAUCAUUUAUCGUUCAUCUGACAACCUUAAACUGGGAGGAAAAGUAAAAUAAACCUGCCCACUGAGCCGUUUUCUGCCAAUCCAGUGCCAAUUUGUAUUUAUUAGCAGCUUAGUUGCACACUUAGUUUAGAAGCACCUCUUCAUCACUUUAAGCAUUUAUGGUUUAACUUUGAAUCCUCAGAAUUGUGGCUAAUGCAGCUAAUCUGCUAAGUCAUAGUUAUAGAAAAUGGCAGGGUAAACCCUUUCACUGGAUGGCAGCCAAUUGCAGAAUAUGGACAAUGUAUGGGCAGAAAAUAUAUAUAUAUAUGUUCAGCAAGGAGUAGACAUAAAUUUGAGAUGAUUAACCUGUGACAUGUCAGAAGGUGUGAAAAGUUCUUGCCCCAAUGACACUGAACUGAGCUGCUCCGGGCGAGAAUAGGACCUUCCAUUUACUGUUCACGCGCAAACAGUAGAGGCGCGGGAAUGUCUGUACUCGUGAGGCACCUUUAGGUACACUUGCGAGUAUGUCUGUACUCGUGAGUGUAUGUAAAGUGAGUGUAUGUAAAGUGAGUGUAUGUAAAGCGGGGUGUGCCUGUAUGCACCUUCUCCCCUCUGCUGCUUACCUUGUCAUGGUUGAGGAGCUCCAGCCUUCUUUCAUUAAUAGGGAGCGAAUAAGAGCAGUACACUGUGCAUCUGCCUUGUCUCUCCCUCAGCAUACCACACAUUAAACAGGGAAUUUAUGCUGGGUCAUGACUUCACAUCAUGAGACCCGCUAAAUGUAAAAUUGAGGCUGGUGCUACAGCCUCACCCAGGAGCACUAGGGAACUGUCCCUGGGCACCAGAGCGUGAACACUUUAUUAGACGCGAUUGCGGUGUGCAGCUGGCACUAAGACCAUUCAGAGAGCACUUUAGCAGGGCUCUCUGCAUCGUCCGGCCUAACAUCUGCCAUGCCCCUUCACUGGUGGGCCUGACUCUUUUAUUCAGACAGACCUACACGCUAUGGGGUCUAAUGGUGAUGUGAGUUGCAUCAAUGGCAACACCGUUCGGGGCCUGCUCCCAUUAUUUUGAUUGCAUACCUCCUCCCAGUGCUGGGAAGUAUAACAUUUGGAAACAACCACCUAAUAUAUACUUGUUUCCUGCAAGUUAGAACAAACGGGGUGUUAUAUACCAGGACAUACUUGAAAACGAGAGAAAUCUCAAUGUAUCUUUCUUGGUAAAAUAUUUUAUAAAUAAAUAAAUAUAAAAUGUUGGAGAUGCUUAGCAUCUCCUAGAAUUACCUUAUAAUAUCCUUUUCCAGCACUCAGUACACGAUGAAUUAGUGUAAAUGAGCAAGGAAUGCCUUAGUAGAGAUCAAAUGUCAGAUCAUUGAGGUGGGGUCUGCAGAGAACAUAGACUGGAUAUUAUUUUUCUUUGUAAUUGAAACUUUCUAAUUUGCUUUUGGUUUAUUUCCAGGUAACGCGAUGCAUAGUAGAAGUUCUGUCCAAUGCUUUGGCGAAACCCAAUGCUCCCCCGAUUGAUCCAGAAUGUAAAGAAAUCCUUAAAAAGAGUGAGUAUUGCAACUAACUGGAACCAGUGCUGAUAUGAAUGCCAUUAUUUAUUAAACCUCAAAUCGUUGGGAACUUACAAGAAAAAGUAAAAUUUAAGGUCAAUGCGGUUAAACUGAAAAAUUCUCUUUUCCCAGCCUCAUUAUUUUGGCUUGAAAUUUGAAUGUUUGAAUUCUUGAAUUAUAUUUCAAACCGGUUUACUCACAAAUGGAAAAAUAAUCCAGAAUUCGAAGUAAAUUUCAACUUUCAACUAAGUGGAAAAAUUCUCGAAAUCAGCUGUUUUCAGUGCCAGCUGUCUUGCCUGUCGUUACCUGUUAUAAGAUGUGCUGGUUGUUCAUGUUAAUAUAUUCUCAUUUGUCUCUGGUGUCUUUCUUUGUAAUUUAAAACAAACUGACAUCUAUUAAAAAACAUUUACUGGAAGCGUAGACAUCAGUUGAACAGAGUGUUGUUUGAUAAAACAAGGUAAAUUGUGACAUUGAUUGGUAACAAAUAUAAACACAUAUAGCUACAUUUGUAAGCUCACCCACUUUGCCUUAAAGGAACACUAUACCGUAUGGAAUACAAAACUGUAUUCCUAACACUAUAGUGUCACUCUGCCCAUAGCUGAAUGUCAGACGCCCUCAUUGUGUUGAAAGGGUUGAAAAGAUUUCAACAUUUACCUCAUUCCAGCACGAAGGUCUCUGGGCGGGGGUUCUGUCUCCUCCUCCUCUUUUGGCAUCAUGGCCAACUCAACUAGGCCUUCACAUUGGAAGCACUGAACCAAUGUUUUCCUAUGGGGGAUUAGAAAAAACUGGAUGUUCACUUGCAAAGCGUGAGGAUGUCCAGCGUUGUUUCAUAGAGUUAAACUCCGUGAAGCACCAGGAAGAGUCUCUAAUGGCUGUCUGGUAGUUGGCCACUAGGGGAGAGUUAACCCUGCAAUAUAAUUAUUGCAGUUUCGCUGAAACUGCUAUAUUUUACUUUGCAGGGUUAAGGGGACAAGGACAGUGCACCCAGACCACUUCAAUGAGAUUAUUUGGUCUGAGUGCCUAUAGAGUCCCUUUAAAUUUUCUAUUCCCAUCUUUAUAUAUUCUUAGAACCAAACAAAUCUCCUUUUGGGAGAGUGUGUGUUACAACAGAUGGGUUAGUGAAAAAGAUACAUGUAUAGCCGCUCUGUACACUAAUGUGGAUUACCCUUUAUUCCACAUGCAAUAGAUAUAACAAAGAAAUUUGGUAUAUAAUAUAAAUAUACACACCUAAAGUGGAGCGCUAUAAAUGUUGAGGAAUUACCUCACAGGGUCUUGAUUGGGUCGUAUACGUCACAUACAGAUAUGGAAGAUAAAAAUAUAUAAUGUAGUGCAGAUUGUAAAACACUUGUGCAAUUUCAAAUGAGGUAGAUAAAUGGAUCACUCACAUUUUCCAGAGCCUAUGUUUUGGCUCUGUAAAUUGGACCGGUAUGCUUUUUAGGGCAGCAUCCCACCACUAUUUCCUGCUGAAAUUUUUAUCUGGGAAUAUAAAAACAAUAGGAACAUCCAAUGUGUAGUAUAGUCAUUUCACAAAUAUUUCUGAUAGAAUGUAAAUAGGUAUUAUGCUCACCUGUUAUAGAGCCUUAAAAUUCUGGCUCUGAGGGUGGUAGGCUUUGUGCCACUCUAAAAGGGUUGGCACUUCCCCAAUUGAAGGUACUUGAGGCUUCUAUGGACUUAGUAGAAAAUGUAAUCUAUUUAUUAAUACAAAUAUGCUAAAAUGUAAAUAAAAAUGAAAUACAACGAUUAAGAUAAAAAGUCCUGGUUGCCGAUAUGUGUUUCACUCCUCCUGGAGCUUCCUCAGUCAGCUGUGUUUAGAUCCUCUGUACCUUCUGCCUUUUAAAUGUCUCUUGGGUCCUCCCUUGAGUUCGUAUUUCUAUGUAUUCUUAAUUUCCAAGUUUAGUUAACACCUAGUAAUUCUUUAGCUUUUAAAAGUAAUUAUACAUCAAAAAACAUGUCUCAUCCUACCCUGUCAUGUAAUUCUCUGCCCUAGUCACUUAUAUCAUGAAACAGACCAUGCACACAAACAAUGCACACAAACAGUGCACACAAACAAUGAACACAAACAGUGCAUACAAACUUGCCUGUUUUGGUGGUAGUUUACUUGUCAUUUAGCCUAAAUCCUCCUAAUCCUGGUGUUUCUCAUUGUCUGUCUAUCUGUCCAUCCAUGCAAUUUCAUCAUAAUAAUAUAUUGUUAGUUUUUACUGUUAAUGAAAAACUAAAUGUUUCACGCUGUAUUGAGCAACUCUUUUUUACGACAGUCUAAUAAUAUUUUACAGUGUAGUUUCUAAGAAUAAUGUUGCAGAAAUUUUUUUUUUAAAUCAGUUAUAUAAAAAAAUAUUUAAAAAUUAUUUAAAAUAAUCCAUCAUAUUAUUUUACCAUUUGAAGUUAAACCAAAUCAUAAAUUGUUCGAGAUACCUUUUUGAUUUUUGCUUUUAGACACUUUGAGAAGGAAAAAAAGAUAAUUAUGGUUUUUCUUUUGCUGUUUUUUUUUUUUACCGAGCAUGAUUAUUUCUUUCAAUUUAUAUUAAUAUGAAAUGCUGCUAAAUAUAAUGAGGAAGAGUCCUUAAACUUUACUUUCAAUAGCUAUUGUCCCUUGUGUCCUGGAGGUGAAAAAAAAAUAAAACUAAUUUCAUCAUAACCGGUUGAACAGAAAUAAUUAAAGUUUCUUUGUACGUAAUGCCCAAUGUUAGUUUCUUUAGUUUAAUAAAAGCUUUAAGAAUAAAACAUAUCAUGUUGGGGUAAAAUAUAUUAGAUUUUUUUUAUAAUAACACAUUUUUCUUCCUUUAUAGUUCUGUACAAGAACGAAAGAUUAGGAGGGUAUUGCUUGUUUUGUACCAUGAAUGUUUGAUGAAAGUCAAAGAAUCUGCAAGGGACACAGAAAGGGUUGACUUACAAAACAAAAUAGCCCUUUUUCUAUUAGUAAGGAUGAGAUUCAACAAAACUAAAAAAGGUUUAUAAAUCGACUUAGUGCUUAGUUUAGUUUGAAGCUGUUCGAUACCAGGACAUUGGGUCAUUAAAUAAUGCUACUUCUGCACAUUGCUAAAUUAAUUAAUUGGUAGCACUGGCAGAAGAAAUGUGAUUUCAAUGCGUUAACAGCAUUUAUUGUCCGUAUUUAAAAUACAAUUAACUUGCUAUAAAAAUAAAUGAAUAAAUAAAACUUAGCAUCCUCUACUUUAUAAAUGCAAUAAAAAUAAACAGAAACUGAUUUUUUUCACACCUGGUUGCAUAUGUGUUUUCUCGGUGGAAGACUACGUUGAAAUAUAAAUGUCUAUAGUGACUUAUUAUAAUAAGUGUUGUAUUUUCUAUUAAUUUAUAUGGAUUCCUUAGGACAUAUUGAUGUUAAUUAAUAUAUUAGUUGAAUCUAAUGCUGUCAUGUGCGUAUUGAGUAAAUGUUCUAUUUCUCUAACAUUUAGAAAAUAUUUUAUAGGUACUAGGCCCAGUAAUAAUGAACAACUGGAGGAAGCAAACAACUUUAAGGAGAUGACCGCUGCAGAUAAACAUCUACAUGAAUUUGAUGAUGAAACAGGACAACAGACUCGGGAAAGCAAAGUUCCGAAAGAGCAAGAGGAAGAGAAACGACACCAUGAGGGCAGGGAAAGCCAGGAAGAAAAAGAUGAAGAAGAAGGAAGAGAGAAGAAUAUCCACAGUGUGGAAAAUGAGGAAGAUACAGGUCAUUCGAAAGAAAGUGACUUUGAAGACGGUGAGGAGGAAAGGGGAGAAAUGAUUAAAAAAGAUAAAUUUCGUCCUGAUGAGUCUCAUGACACGAGACAUGAUGUUUUUGACAAGAAAGUUCACACGGCUGCUAAAAAUGUUGAAGAGUUCUCAGAAGAUGAUGAACCCAGAAGCUUAGAGGACAUUAUAAAACGGCAUCAUGGAGGUUUACACUGGAAAGAACAACUUGGUCAUCCAGAAGAACACUCUUCCGAAACAUCUGAUGAGUCAAAAGAAAAAGAAGAAGAAGAAAAGAGAAAUCUUAAAUCAAAGCUAGGGGACUUUGGCCAAAGAAUACUUGGUUAUGAUGAAAAAAGAAGACAUGAACUGGAGCAAAGAAGCCACACUAAUUUGCAUGAAGAACAGCCAUAUUCAAGGGUGCAGAAAGGAUAUUAUGGAAUAAACUCUUUUGAGGAUAAUAUGAAGAGGAAUCAUUAUGAUAAAAGAACUCACCAUGAGGUUCAGAGUUCAGAGGAGUCAAAAGAAAAGAGACAUUUUCACAGAGGGAGUGUAGAGGAGAGAGAAGAGCCCUAUGACAGUGAAAGUGAAGAAAGUAAAGAGAAAGAACUAAAGCGACACCAUUUGGAAGAAGAGGAGAACAAUCUGCAGAAGGAAAGAAAGAGGUGGCCAACUGGACAACAUGCAGAUAUGAGAUUGAAUUAUGGACGUGGUAAAGAAGAUAAUGAAGAGAGUAAGGAUGAUAUUGAUAAACGCCAUUUUAAUAAUCAAGAUGAAAAACAGAAACUAUAUGAAAAACUGAAACAUCAUCUUCAAGCAGAUGAAGAGGAACAACCUUACAGUCAUGGUAUAAAAGAUAACAAGAGACACUAUAUAGGUGAAGAAAUGGUUGAUGAGAUGAAAAGGUACUACCCAGAUUAUUCAGAUGAGAAAGAAAAAAGACAUUAUAAUGAAGAAUUAAAAAAACACUACUAUGGAGCAAAUAAAGAGAAUACUGAAGAAUCUAACUACUUAAACAAUGAAAAGUACAACCGACACAGUUCUGAAGAAGAAAGGCAGCCAGACAAUCAUUAUGGCUUUACUGAUGACCAAAUUAAAUGGAAGAAGUUCUUUGAUAAUGAUGAUGACAAUUUUCUAGAUAGUGAGGAAGAAAGCAAACGUAGCAUACAAAACAAAAAUGUCUUGCCCGAAUACAAUGAUUAUGAUUGGUGGGGGAAAAAGCAGUUUUUAGAAGAUAUGAACCACGGCUAUGAGGAAAAAAGAAUGCCACAGAAAUACCACAAGUUUGAAGAGAAAAGACAAUAUGAUCGCAUGGAUGAACUCGCUCAGCUUCUUAAUUACAAGAAAAAGUCUGUAGAGAUUCCAGAUUUCUAUGACUCAGAAGAAAUAAAAAAACGUAAUUUUAAUGAAAGAGAUCGUCUCAGUCAAAGGCCACUAACAGAAGAAGAGGUAAAUAUUAACACAAUAAAGACAUAGAAGCCCUGGAUGAGUACAACAAAAAGCAUGAUUUGUAUUCCUUGAUUUACAUUGUGAUAUUGUUUCACUGAUUGAAUAAAAGAAGUUGCCCCAAAUAUAUGACGGAAAGAGUCAGAGUUCAAGAAUAGAAUUUGUAGUAGUUUAAGAAUUGUGGGAAUCUACAAAUAAGACAGAGCGGUUCCUUAUCUAUAAUUUUUAUUGACGCACUUAAGCAACAUAAAUACUGUGGCUCACUGUAGUGGUUAUGGUAAAGUGAGUGCCUUGGCAUCCCCCAAUUGUAAGUAGUCAAACUGUUUUUGAACAGUUUGACUUCAUAACUGGAGUCCAUGAGGAUUCACUUCUAUCUCCAAUACCAAUGGUGUAGAGAUGGACAUUCUUAAAAUGAGCCUGUUAUGAAAAAAUGCACUUACGUGAAAUCACUCCCAUAUACAUUGAAUACAACAUAUAUCACAAAGAUACAUGGUGUAAAAUAUGAUCCAUAUAAAAUAUAAAGAUUUACUCUCUUUACCUCCGUGGCAGUGCCGCUUCGGGAGUGUUACUCUUCGUAUAACACCCAUUUUUUUGUCUUCUCCCGCUCCGCCUGCGCUCCUCCAAAAGUUUUGUUUGAUUUGCACUGCUUCCCCAAGCCGGGCAAAUCUCAUUAGUCAUGUUAGCAGGCUGGCUUUGUUCCCAGCGUGUUGGCUUUAGAACUUCUCCUAUGGGUGGAGAGCAGGGGGACCUCUUGUGGGAGGUCUUUUCUGAUCUCCCUUGUUAGUUAAUUCUAGCACGUUGAGACAGUGACUUACAGCUGGGAGAAAAAACUAUUUUUAAAUAGUUUUUUUUCCUCAUCUAUACAUUUGCUAUCAAAACUGCAAGCACAAUGUAUAGAAAAAAUUGUAUGAUCGAUCUGAGCAUAAGUUGUUUGGAACAUGACAAAUGCCCUCUACGCAGGGCAAUAUACUACUUAGUUUGUUAGCUGAGAGCAUCGGCUCUGGAGCUUAGCAGCUUCUGGCCAUUGAUCGUGAAGGCAGAAAGCGGCACCUGGCAGACUCCAGGUAAAGAAUCAAACCAUUCAAAAACAGUUUGACUACUUAUAUUGGGCACUCCUGGCACCAUAACCACUACAGCAAGCUUGAAAUGUUCCUUUAAAGUGACUCACUGACAUGUCAAAAAGAGUAUUUACCCAAUGUGUUUUCAUCACAGAGCUUCAUGUACACUUCAUGAACACUUGCUCUACCAAGUGAGUAAUUCGUUUGCAUCACAUAUGGUGAUGGUGUUGUACACUGGUGAAGAGCUUUGUGAAGAGGCUAUGUCUGACUACAGUAUGACAGAUACAUUCAAGCUCCAUUGGAUUUCAGAAAUUUUGAUAAUGAAAAGAUUGCAGUAGUCAGGACGGGAGACGAGGAAGUGAAUGGAAUGCUUGCAGCACUGUGAAUGAGAUGUGGAUGUAUUUGAGGAAUACAUUUGGUAAAGGUUCAAGGAACAUGCAGUGAUUUUCAAUUCAAAGCAUAAUAGAAAGGACAGAGUCAAGAAUGGAAUUGAGUCAUCAUGUUUGGUUAAUAAAUGUAUCAAUGGCAGACAUUUGGACUAUGGAGUGGAAAGAGGGCAUUAUAUCAUGUUACGUUAAGGAAUGGUUGUAGAGUGAGAACAGUUGAAUUCUACAAACGUACAUUUGUGAUCAUGAUAGAGCCUAGCAUUAAUGAGAUAGGAAGGGAUCAGGUCAAGGAGCCAAGUACCGCUUCCUCAAUAACAAGGCCAAAAAGGUAUGGAGGGUAGCAAGUAGAGUUUUAUUAGAUGAAUAGAGAGGAAUGACUUCAUUAAAUGACCUGUAUGUGAAUGCAGACAGGGAACAGGUGUGGGUGGAUAAAGAAUGGGGCUGAAAGUAACGAUGAAGCAUCAACGGUUGAACAAAAGCCAAGAGAUUAAAUAUAAGGGAUAAAAAAAUCCAUCCACGAUGUCAUGAAAAAGUGGAGUAUCAGACAAUGGAUUUAGAGGUAAAAUAUAAAAGGUGAAAUCUUUCAGACAGGAGAAUCAAAAACUCUAGUUGUCAUAGUGAAAUGCAUUUUUUUGUUAUCUUUUUUUUUGUAGGAAAAGGAAUUGGAGAAUCUGGCAAUUAUGGACAUGGAACUACAGAAGAUUGCUGAGAAACUCACUAAUAAUCGACAAGGCUGAGACAAAAAAAAAAAAACAACAAAAAAACUGAAAAAUAAUAGCAAAACGCUAUGCUAUAUUUAGUUACAUUCCUUGUCAAAUUCACUGCCUCUUGAAUAGAAAAAAAAAUGUUGUUUAGCCAAGAAAAGCAAAAUGUAGUUUAUCGUUCACAGAUGUUAUUUUACACAGGUGUAAAUGUCUUAGAUAUUAUUUACUGUAUGCUAUUGAUACUAAGAUAUAUAACAUAUAUUCAUAUAUAUACAUAGACAGAGACAUUUUAAUAAGCUUGUAACAAUGUUUUUGUGUUAUUGUUCUUUAAUACAUUUAUGUCUUGAGAUUUGAAAUAAUAAAAAAGCAAAUUAAUCCUGUUUUGGUUUUCCGUUUCUUGUUUUGUUUUGCUCAUGGCAAACUGUGAACAUGUGGACACAAAUAUCUUUCUGAAAAAGCCUUUUAUGCCUUUGCUAUAGGUUCAUACAGCGGUUCCCAAACUGUGUGCCACGGCAAAAUUAUAUACAAAACACACAAGUAAUAAUAUUG